AUGGCACAGGCAAAACCCAAUCCUAUCAAGGACCUUCAAGAUGAACUCACUUGUCCUAUUUGUCUUGACAACUUCAAAGACCCAGUCUCUAUAGAGUGUGGGCACAAUUUUUGUCGGGCAUGUAUUUCACGCACAUGGAGAGGAAUUCACACACAAUUUUCAUGUCCUCAGUGCCGGAAGGUCUCUAAAUGGCGGUUCUUCAGACCAAAUCGCCUUGUGGAGAAUGUAGUAGAAAUCACAAACCGCCUACUUGAAUCUAAAAUAAAUAAUGCUGAUAAGAAGACAUGCCAAUUGCAUCAGGAACCUUUAAAGCUCUAUUGUCUGGAAGAUCAGCAGAAAAUUUGCUUGGUGUGCAGAGAAUCCAUUUUUCACAAGAAUCAUAAUGUCAUACCAUUGGAAGAAUCUACGAGUGAAUUUAAGGUAAAUGAUGAUAUUGUCUGACAUGUAAGGCGUUCUUUUCAGAUAUCAAUAAACAAUUCAGCUUUGUGUAUUAUCACAAAAGAGACAUUGUUGUUCUUUAACCCCUUAAGACCGUAGGGCGUACUAUUACGCCCUAUUUUAGGCGUCUCUAAACGCCGCCUGGCGUAAUAGUACGCCCUCCGUUUUUUUUCUUACUUACCCGGUCACCCCCGGGGGGACUCCCAGGGAGCCACCGCAGCAGAUCCUCCGUCCUGCAGCCCCCCCCCCCGGCCAUGUGAGAAUGAGGUCCUUGUGAGGACCUCACAAUCACAUGGCCGGUAUAGCUGGCUGCUGCAAUGAUAGGUAGUCCCCCUGCUGGCUGGAAAUCAAAUAAAAUUUUAUGUUAAUAAGUGUAAAAAAUAAAUAGAAUUUUUUUUAUUUAUUUAUAUAUAUAUAUAUAUAUAUAUAUAUAUAUAUAUAUAUAUAUAUAUAUUUCUCUAAAUCUCUCAAAUUACAUGUAGACUGAUACUGAUUAAAUAUAUAAUUGUGAGAUAUAUAUAUUAUGAAAAAAUAUGUAAAUUGUGUUAUUUCGUUCUAACUGUAUUGUGAUAUUAAUAUAUAUUUAUAUCAAAAUAAAAUAUAUAUAUAUAUAUAUCUAUGUAAAAAAAACAGAUACCAUUCUUAGCUUGUAAUACCUUUUUUAUUGGACUAACAGAAUUUUUUAAUGACAAGCUUUCGGGAGAACCUCCCUUUCUCAAGUCUGAAGCAUUUCUGAGCAAAAGGACACAUAGAAUUCAAAGUUGAGUUGUGAUACAGGGGUUAAAGCGACAUGAGUGUAGAUAAGACACAGGUUUGUUAGAAAAUAGACACCAUCUUAGCAGAGGGUCAUAAAUAUCUUGUUGAAGAGCAGAGUAGGGGGGAGAGAGGGAAAAGAAAAACAAGCAAGCAGACAGUGCACAGGAUGAUACACUUUAUACAUGCACACACACAGAAAUAUGUAUAUGUGAACGCAUAAAAACAUGUACAUAUACGCACAUGAACUCAUAUACACAAAUAUAAAUGCACAGUAAUAUAUAUAUAAGCAUUCAUGCAUACGAGUAUGGGAAAGCAUAGGUCUACUCAUAGUACUUUGUAUAUAGAUAGAAUAAACAUAUAGGAAUGCAUUUUAAAGUGUUGGUACAUAUGACAGAAUAGUAAGAUAAUGCUGGGAGAGUGUUCAUGUAAAGUGUUGGUAGUGGGACAGGAAUCCCAAAUCAAUAUUUAGUCCUCUAUUCUUGCUGUUAAACCAUUUAAUCAUUCUGGCUUCAAAGGCUUUUCUUUCCUGGGUAUUUUUAAAAACCCCUUUCAGUACUUUGAUUUUUAGGUCCUUCAGUGAGUGGCCAGGCUGGGUAAAGUGGUGUCCCACAGGAGUGCAGUAUGAUUCUUCUUUGUGGUGUUUAAUAGAGUGUCUGUGCAUAUUCAUUCUGCCAUUUAAUGGCUGGGUGGUUUCCCCAAUGUAGCAUCCUUGCUGGCAUUUUAUGCAUUGAAUCAUGUAUACCACGUUGCUGGAUGUGCAAGAGUAUGAACGUGUGUGUGUGUGUGUGUAUAUAUGUAAUAUCUUUACAUAACUAGGGAUCUUACUUAAUUACAAUUAGCGGGACCUGCCUGACAACCCAUGUCAAAAGUAAAGGGAAUUUAAUUUGCUAGCACUAUAUUUAACUCUAUAACUUUCCAAGACACCAUAAAACCUGUACAUGGAGGGUACUGUUCUACUCAGGAGACUUCACUGAACACAUAUCAGUGUUUCAAAACAGUAAAAUGUAUUACAACAAUGAUAACGCCAGUAAAAGUGAAGUUUUUUGCAUUUUUUAACGCACAAACAGCACUUACACGGACAAUACAGGGAGUGCAGAAUUAUUAGGCAAGUUGUAUUUUUGAGGAUUAAUUUUAUUAUUGAACAACAACCAUGUUCUCAAUGAACCCAAAAAACUCAUUAAUAUCAAAGCUGAAUAUUUUUGGAAGUAGUUUUUAGUUUGUUUUUAGUUUUAGCUAUGUUAGGGGAUAUCUGUGUGUGCAGGUGACUAUUACUGUGCAUAAUUAUUAGGCAACUUAACAAAAAACAAAUAUAUACCCAUUUCAAUUAUUUAUUAUUACCAGUGAAACCAAUAUAACAUCUCAGCAUUCACAAAUAUACAUUUCUGACAUUCAAAAACAAAACAAAAACAAAUCAGUGACCAAUAUAGCCACCUUUCUUUGCAAGGACACUCAAAAGCCUGCCAUCCAUGGAUUCUGUCAGUGUUUUGAUCUGUUCACCAUCAACAUUGCGUGCAGCAGCAACCACAGCCUCCCAGACACUGUUCAGAGAGGUGUACUGUUUUCCCUCCUUGUAAAUCUCACAUUUGAUGAUGGACCACAGGUUCUCAAUGGGGUUCAGAUCAGGUGAACAAGGAGGCCAUGUCAUUAGAUUUUUCUUCUUUUAUACCCUUUCUUGCCAGCCACGCUGUGGAGUACUUGGACGCGUGUGAUGGAGCAUUGUCCUACAUGAAAAUCAUGUUUUUCUUGAAGGAUGCAGACUUCUUCCUGUACCACUGCUUGAAGAAGGUGUCUUCCAGGAACUGGCAGUAGGACUGGGAGUUGAGCUUGAAUCCAUCCUCAACCCGAAAAGGCCCCACAAGCUCAUCUUUGAUGAUACCAGUACUCCACCUCCACCUUGCUGGCGUCUGAGUCGAUCUGGAGCUCUCUGCCCUUUACCAAUCCAGCCACGGGCCCAUCCAUCUGGCCCAUCAAGACUCACUCUCAUUUCAUCAGUCCAUAAAACCUUAGAAAAAUCAGUCUUGAGAUAUUUCUUGGCCCAGUCUUGGCGUUUCAGCUUGUGUGUCUUGUUCAGUGGUGGUCGUCUUUCAGCCUUUCUUACCUUGGCCAUGUCUCUGAGUAUUGCACACCUUGUGCUUUUGGGCACUCCAGUGAUGUUGCAGCUUUGAAAUAUGGCCAAACUGGUGGCAAGUGGCAUCGUGGCAGCUGCACGCUUGACUUUUCUCAGUUCAUGGGCAGUUAUUUUUGCGCCUUGGUUUUUCCACACGCUUCUUGCGACCCUGUUGACUAUUUUGAAUGAAACGCUUGAUUGUUCGAUGAUCACGCUUCAGAAGCUUUGCAAUUUUAAGAGUGCUGCAUCCCUCUGCAAGAUAUCUCACUAUUUUGACUUUUCUGAGCCUGUCAAGUCCUUCUUUUGACCCAUUUUGCCAAAGGAAAGGAAGUUGCCUAAUAAUUAUGCACACCUGAUAUAGGGUGUUGAUGUCAUUAGACCACACCCCUUCUCAUUACAGAGAUGCACAUCACCUAAUAUGCUUUCGAGCCUAUACAGCUUGGAGUAAGACAACAUGCAUAAAGAGGAUGAUGUGGUCAAAAUACUCAUUUGCCUAAUAAUUCUGCACUCCCUGUAUUAUUGCUGCGAUACUUUUUUACUGUUUUGAAACACAAAUAUUUGUUCAGCGAAGUCUCCCGAAUACAACAGUACCCCUCAUGUACAGGUUUUUAUUAAAAAUUAAAAUUCGCCAUAUUGGUUACGUUGCCUUUGAGACCCUAUGGUAGCCCAAGAAUGAAAAUUACCCCUAUGGCAUACCAUUUGCAAUAGUAGACAACCCAAGGUAUUGCAAACGGGAUAUGCCCAGUCUUUUUUAGUAGCCACUUAGUCACAAACACUGGCCAAAAUUGUUUUUUUUUUUUUUUUUGCAUUUUUCACACACAAGCAAAUACUAACGCUAACUUUGGCCAGUGUUUGUGACCAAAUGGCUACUAAAAAAGACUCGACAUACCCCAUUUGCAAUACCUUGGGUUGUCUACUAUUGCAAAUGGUAUGCCAUUAUGGGUGUAAAUUUCAUUCCUGGGCUACUAUACAGUCUUAAAGGCAAUGUAACCAAUCUGGCGAAUUUCAAUUUCAAAUGUAACGUGCUAUAUUUGACCCUGUAACUUCCCAAAACGCCGUAAAACCUGUACAUAGGGGGUACUGUCUUACACGUGAGACUUUGCUGAAUACAAAUGUGUAUUUUAUUGCAGUAAAAGCAAACAGUAUUAUGACAUUUACAGUUAAAAUGUCAUGAAGAACUAAAAUAACAAAAUGUCUUAUUUUCUCCCAUUUUUUUCAUAUUAAAUUAUGUUUCAUAGCUAAAUAUUUGAUAUUAAAUGAAAGCCCUGUUUCCCCUAAGUAAAAUGAUAUAUAAUAUGGGUGGGUGCAUUUACUAUGAAAGAGGUGAAUUACGGUUGGACAGACAUGUAGCGCAAAUGCCAGGUUUUGUUUACAUUUUGUUCACAACGUGUACAUUUGGCUCCGUCCUUAAGGGGUUAACCUACUGAUGUGUUAUUGAACAUUGAUGUCCAGUUUUAAAACCUUACUUUACAGGGCAUUGACAAUGAUAAAACUGAUUAGAUUUCUCUUGUCAUGCGCAAGUUACAGCUGCAGUACACAUGGAAAGCUGUCAUUUCCCCUCAUUACAUUCUUCCCACAUAAUUACCAGAUUUUACUAUUAACAUGACGUAAAGUCAUGAUUUUAUUAAUGACACGGAGGCUCCUAUUAUGCAUUCUCUUUCUUUAUUAUACUCCCAGCAGCAAGAAAAGGGAAGUAUGAGAGAAUCAUAGAAAAAAGAAACCAUAACAAUAGCCUGGUAACAGUAGCACCAAUCAGCAUACAGUAUAAUCCAUAUAGGUGUAGUGUUCCUUGACUCCUCCUCUUUCUGCAUAGGUCCUGAAGACUAUUAGUGCAAAAUUCAAGGUAUUCCAACCAUAAAUACGAAUCCACGAACCAAAACCAUAACUGGAAACUUAAAUCUAGAACCGUUUCAACCGGCAACUCUCCAGCUGUAUUCAAGCUAAAAGAAAGGAGAAAUAUGGUAAUAUCGAAAUCUCGUGACUGUUAUUCCGCAAUUAACAACUCGUCAACCAUGUUAAUCAAACGAUGUAACUAUAUCAAUUUCGGCAACCAUAUUGCUAGAUCGAAAUACGUAUCAUAUAAGUCAUAUUCAUAGAAUACUUACUCACCUGUGUCAUGAAUGAUCUUGUACCUACCGUAUUAAGUAAUCCUAAAUGCUCCAUGUUCUGGGUUAUAACUUACUCACCACUCUGGGUAGGGUGGGUGGGAAUAAUACUCGCCUCUGUGUCAUUAAUAAAAUCAUGACUUUACGUCAUGUUAAUAGUAAAAUCUGGUAAUUUUAUUAAAGACACGGAGGCUCCUAUUAUGCUAUUUUAAAGCUGAGCAACCACUGAACUGGAAAUGUGUUGCACUGGGCGGUAAUAGAAAUUACGAAAUGUAGACUCAUUCGACCAGUCGGCUGCCCGUAGUAUAUCCUCCAAUUUACAACCUAUCAUGGAAGCUUUAGAGGCCAUAGCUCCGCGAACGGAAUGUGAGGAAAAAAUUGAGGUGUCUAUGCCUGCAUUUGAUCCAACGAGCUAAAGUAGCAGUAGAUACUGGUAGGUGAGGUCUUUUGAAUGAGAUGAACAGUGGAUGGGUUUGUUCUGGACGGAGUGAUGCCGUGCGAUGCUCGUAUUCCUUCAGACAUAGCAUAGGGCACAAAUUCGGGUUGUCCGGCAAUGAUGGGUAGAAAACUUCCUUAGUCGAGGAUUUUGUUCUACGUGAAAUAUUAAAGCAUACUCCGUUUGGGACAAAAACACGUGACAUCAGCGACCCGUUUACAUGAAAGUAAACAAAACAGCAUCAACAGUUUGGCCAACAAUUGCUUCAAUGAAAGUUCCUGGUUCAUUGGCCAAGAUUCGAUAAAACGCAACAUCACAUUGACAUCCCAAAAGGAAGAAUAUCGAGUUUGAGGAGGUCGAGUAAGACGGAUGACUUUGAGUAAACGACAGAUAAGGGCAUGUUUACCUAUUGGGGUGCCAUCCAACCCCAUAUGUCUCGCUGAUAUAGCCGAUCUGUACAUAUUUAUAGUACGAAAGGCUUUUCCUUCCUCAGAGAGUAGAGUCAGAAAUUGUAGGAUUGCCUCUGUAGAAGCUGAUAUGGGAUCCAUUGACCGUCCCACGCACUAACCAGACCAUUUUCUCCAAGCCGAUCCGUAGGCACGUCUGGUACCUGGUGCCUACGACUCUGCCAAGAGACUGAGUGUCGUCUGCGAAACCUCCUCGAGGUUCCAUGAUCUCCUGAAAUGAGCCAUGCCAUCAGUUGCAGUAGGCCUUGGUUAGCCAGAUCAUGACUCAUUCCAUCUGGGUUGGUUAAGAGCUAGGGAAUGUCUGGCAACAGCUGUGGGAAAUCUAUUGACAUUUCCAAUAAUUGAGGAAACCAAGGUUGUGACCUCCAUAACGGGGUUAUCAGCGCCAGCGUCCCCUUGGAAUAUCGAAGGACCGCUAGGGACCGAGAAAUGAGGUUGAAUGGGGGAAAGCGUAGUUCCUGCCCUUGGUCCAGUCCUGUAGGAAUGCAUCUGUUGCUAGAGCAUCUGGAUCCGGUCUCCAACUGAAGAACUGAGGAAGCUGGGUGUUCAGUCGAGACGCGAAGAGGUCUAUAUUGAAAGGUCCCCAGAGUCGAGAGAGGCGCUGGAAAAUCAUUGGGUGGAGAUGCCAAUCCCCUGCAUCCCGAAGGUAUCGGGAAUUCCAGUCCGCCAUUGUAUUGUCCUGCCCCGGAAUGUAUUCUGCUAUUACCGAAAUGCUGUGUUUCAGGCAAUAGUGCCAAAAAUCUCGAGCCAUCAAUGCGAGAACCUUCGAUUUCGUCCCCCCUAGAUGGUUGAUAUAACGUACCGCUGAGAUGUUGUCCAUCUUGAUUAAGAUCGAGCAUGAAAUGCCUGUUGGGUUUGUACUGCGAAUGGCAAAGGACGCUGCUAAUAGCUCUAGGCAGUUGAUGUGCAACAGGAACUCUUCGUUUGACCAUCUGCCACCGGUGGAAACUGACCCGCAAUGCGCGCCCCAGCCGUGUAAGAUGGCGUCUGACUCUAUGACCAGGUCCGGCGUCGAUCCAAAUAUCGCCCGCCCGUUCCAUGCCUCCAUGUGUGCUAACCACCAGUCUAGUUCCUCCCUGGAGUCUUCGUCCAGUAUGACGCAGGUUUCGUAUGAGUGACCGGAGCGUAGAUAUGAGACUUUGAGUCUUUGUAGGGCACGAUAGUGUAGAGGUCCUGGGAAGAUCGCCUGUAUGGACAAUGCCAACAGCCCUAUGAUCCUCGCAAGUUGUCGGAGGGAAAUAGUCGUACGAUGCAUAAGCCGUCUGAUCUCCUUCUUGAUCGAAAUCAUUUUGUCUUUGGGUAGACACAACCUCUGUUGAACAGAGUCGACUUGGAAACCCAGAAAUUCCAUCUGUCUGGAGGGUUGUAGCAUCGAUUAUUUAUUUAUUUAUUUAUUUUUAUAUUUUUUUUCAAUUCACCAAGAAUCCUAAGUUUUGGAUAAGGUGGAUCGUCCAGGAUAGGUGAAUGCGAAGUUGGGAUUGAGAUUGGGACAGAAGAAGGAUGUCGUCUAGAUAAAUUAUUAAUCUGACCCCUCGUGUGCGCAGGAAGGCAAUCACUGGUUUUAGCACUUUUGUGAAGCACCAUGGAGCGGAGGAUAGGCCAAAUGGCAGACAUACAAACCUCCAUUUCGUUCCCUGCCACUGAAACUGUAGUAGGUUUCGGUGCGCUUCUGCGAUCGAGAUUGUCAGGUAAGCGUCCCGUAAAUCUAUUUUGACCAUCCAAUCUGAUGGUAUGAGGAGGUCCCGAAGGCAAUGAAUACCCUCCAUUUUGAAAUGGUGGUAUUGGACAAACGCAUUUAGAGGCCGGAGAUUUAUUACUGGGCGUACCCCGCCCCCUUUCUUGGGGACCAGAAACAAGUUGCUCACGAAUCCUUCUGUGUCCCAUGGGAUUUGUUGGAUAGCGUUUUUUGACGCUAACUCUGCGAUCUCUGAGAUCAUCAUCUGGUGUUGGCUGGCCAUAUUUAGUUCUCGAGGGAACUGCAUCUGAACCGGGUGGGAGGUUAACUCCAAUAGGUACCCUUGUAUCGUAUUUAAUACCCAAACAUCUGCGGUUAAAAUUUUCCAAGCAUGAUGAAACAAUGCCAGUCUGCCCCCCACUUUUACGUGGGAAAAACUGAGAUAUUCGGUACUCACCAUAAGGUCGUCUGCUUGAAACAGACCCCCCGUGGUCCACGGGAAUUCCAGGGCCGUCCCCGAGAUGGGAAGAAAGGGGUAUAGUGUCUCUCUGGUUAUUAAAGGAGCCUCUGCCGGCUCUAGUUGAGCCUCGAAAUCCACGGCCGGGUAGACUGCUCCUUCCUCUGCCGGCCCCUCCAAAAACCCGUGGUGCAAAUACUCUCUUAAGAGAUGUCUGAGCUUUAUCAAUUGUUGUAAACGUCUUAACAUACAGCCCAAGAUCCUUAAUAAAGGAUUCACCAAAUAGUAAGCCUUUAGCCGCUGGGCCCGGCUCGUUGGUCGCCAUGCUGGCCAGUUUGGGCUCUAUUUUUAGGAGAAUCGCCUCGCGUCGUUCGGUAGCCAUAGCCGUAUUCGCGUUACCUACCAUGUAGACUAAUCUCUGCAACCAGCCUAUCGCUACUUCGAAAUCAAAUUCGCUUUCGCCCGAUUGGGCGGACUCCACUAGCUCAUAUAGUUUAGUUAUGGGUCCCAACGUAUCAAGGAAUUUGUCUUGGCAAUUUCGGAGGGAAAAACCUAAUCCCUUCCUUGGUUUCCAACCAGACUUGUUCAAGAAUUGGACCAACUGAGGGUCCACGUCCGGUGUCUUUUCCACAGAGUCUGGAAGGAUGGGUCGUGGGCAUUCUGCCCGUAACUUAUUGCGCCCUUCCUUAGAUAAAGGCUUUCGCACCUGAAGUGUGAGAUACUUAGCGAUGUGAGUAGGCGGCUCCCAUGCUGCCGAGCGAGGAUGACGGAGGUCAUCUGGGUCAAAUAACGGGUUACCCAGUGGGUCCCGCAAAUGGUCGCCCUCGCCAGAGUCAGGAGGCGCAGCGCCCUGAGCCGUAUCUUUUUGGGUAGUAACGCCUGGUUGGGUGUCAGACCCGGAAUCUGAAAAUUCCGCGCUGUAGUGGUCCAUAUAGGAGUCCUCAUACUCCUUCUCCACACUCCGGUCCGAAUCGGACGAAUCCCCAUGGGCACGUGCCCGUUUCCAAGUUCUGGUCGAUUUUUGCCCGGCCAGGGGCUCUAGUGCGCUGUGGUAUCGCGCCAUCUUUGACAGCCUGAGGCAUGUCAUUCGAUGCAGGCUGAACCUGCAGUUCUGGAGGGGAGGUCACAUGUCUGCCCUUUGCCAACGCCUUACGUCCCGGUUGUGCCAUGUUAGUGGGUACCGGGUUGCGUGUGUUCUGCAUGCUGCUAGUCUGUGUCUGUAUCAAUGCCUCUGUUAAAGACUGAGUGAUAGAGGACCACAUGACCCGCAUCGCAGAGGUUAAAGCUCUGUUAAUGGAUUGUGUCAUGGUAGCGUCCAGGAGGGAUUGAAACUCCUCCGAUGCCAUGAGGCUGGCGUCACCUGUACCUCCCUUGUUAGGGGGGGAAACGCCUGGUGUGGGGCACAUAGACCCUGAAGGGCUGUCACUCUGAUCCUGCAUAGCAGAUAAAAUCUUUAUAGGGAAUAUAUAUACCCUAGUUCAACUAGUGGAAAAUAUUGGGCCCAGUAAAUCAACUAUACACUUGGUACCUAGCAAUACUAAUAGCAGAGUGUUGUAGCCUGGAAAGGAAAACUAGCUUGAGGGAAAUCAGAAAAAAAAAAAGGGUGUCAGGAUAGAUUAAUCCUCCACACCACACUUAGUUUGGUAGAAAUAAGUACAAGAAAAAACAACCUGCAAUAAUAUCCCAGUCUGGGUCUUAGGAGAGUGCUUGGGCGGGUAGGAGAAGCCGGUAUGAGUGGAAGCUUGUACGCCGCAGAUUCCCGCCGAAACCACGUUUAAAAUGGCCGCUGCGAGUGUAAGUUACACUCCCGGCGACAUAAACCAAAAAGAUGGCCGCUGCGCUACCAACUGCGCAUACGCAACCGGACCGCAAGGGGAAAACGAAAUUCAAUGGCCGCGCAUUCGCGGCCGCCCGCAAAACCACGGGAAGACAGUGGGCAUAAACCGGAGGUGCAAAGUCAAGCACCAGAAGCCAGAUGAAUAGCCCCAGUCACCAAACAGGGAAAAACAAUUUAGGUGAGGGCAGGGAGGGAUCACUCCCCUGAUAGCAGAUAGGAAGCACUCUCUUGACACCAGAAGGGUAUACACCACAGAAGACAGUAAUAAUAACAUAAUACUAUGACAAUAAUAUAUAAUAAUUCACAAUCUAAUGAACAUCCAAUUAAUGUGUAGGAAUUAAAUACAAAUAAAUGUAUAAAAAUAUCACAGGAGUAGCAAGAUGAGGUACUUAACUUGUCUGAGGGAGCAGCAAGAAAGAGGAGUCAAGGAACACUACACCUAUAUGGAUUAUACUGUAUGCUGAUUGGUGCUACUGUUACCAGGCUAUUGUUAUGGUUUCUUUUUUCUAUGAUUCUCUCAUACUUCCCUUUUCUUGCUGCUGGGAGUAUAAUAAAGAAAGAGAAUGCAUAAUAGGAGCCUCCGUGUCUUUAAUAAAAUAUGCAUUUUUCCCCAAGUAGUACUUUGAUGUGGGCUGAGCCUGUUUACCCACUGCCCCUUUCUAUUUAUGCUGACUUCUCUCUAACUAGUUGUUAGUCUAAAACCCAAAGCUAUGCUUUUGUCAAAGAGGCUGUUCCAGCACACAGAAGGUGAGACAAGUUCAAUCUUUAUAUAAAUGUAACUGUAAUUAAAUGGUUGAUAAUAUGUUAGAUGUUUACCAUUUGGUAAAUUUGAAAAUUAGAAGCAUUAAGUUAUUGCAAAUGUGCCAAACAUUAAAUGCUGACCGAGCUCAACCAGAGUUGUUGGAAGCACAAAUAAUCACAAUCCCCAAAACAAAUUAACCCCUGAAUGCAGUGAUUUUAGACCUAUAUCUCUGCUUAACGUUGAUAUAAAGAUUUACGCUAACAUUUUAGCGCAAAGAUUGAAUCAAUAUAUCCAUAAGUUGAUAAAUUCUGAUCAAACUGGUUUUAUUCAGAGGAGGUUGGGUUCCGAUAAUAUCAGAAAACUGUUAAAUAUAACUUCAGUGGUUAAAUAUAAAAAAUAGCAGUUUUUGUGGGACUCGAUGCGGAGAAAGCAUUUGACAGGGUGGAUUGCGACUUUAUGUUCCUCACCCUGUCAAAAUAUGGCUUAGGUGAUUUUGCCUCUAAGACAAUUGCCGCUUUGUAUACAUCUCCGAGCGCUAGUGUAAUCGGUGAAAAGUUUUGGUCAGAAAGGUUUGUCAUUUUAAAUGGCACUAGGCAAGGUUGCCCUUUCCAUUAGUUUUUGCUUUAAUUAUUGAACCACUGGCGACAGCAAUAAGGCAAUCUUUAGAUAUAACAGGAAUUGAAGUAAAUCAAAAGUCACAUGUAAUCUCCCUAUAUGCGGAUGAUGAUGAUGUAAUAAUAACAAUAGGAAAACCGUAAAAAUCUUUAAAAGCUCUUCAAGAUAUUAUAACAGAGUAUAGUGAAAUAUCCAAUUAUAAAUUAAAUGUAAAGAAAUCUGAAGCCGUCACUUUUAAUAUGGGACGGUCUAAGAAAAACUUCUUAAGUCCAUUUAAUCCAUUCAAUUGGCAACACUCAAUAACCCAUUUAGGAAUAAAACUGUUUGCUGAAAUGAAAAGACAAAUGACAGUGAAUUUUCAAUCCGUUUAUUCUAAUAUAAUGCAAGUUCUGGCCACAUGGAAAAAACCUUAAUAUAUCUUGGUCAGGUAGAAUAGCAGGGGUUAAGAUGACAAUAUUACCUAAGAUUACUUAUGUUAUGCGCUGCACACCCUGGCAGAUCUUCCCUCCCAUCUAUUUGCUUAAAAAAUUACAGAGGGCGAUUGAUGUAUUUAUCCACCAGAAUAAAAGAAUGAGAAUUAAGAUACCAAUUAUGGUUAAAAAAUUCUCUAGUGGAGGGAUAGCGUAUCCCGACAUUAAGAAAUAUCAGGAAGCCUCCCUCUUGGCACAUAUGCAGAGAUGGGAGGAAGAGGAAAAAAAUAAUUGGGUAUCGAUCAAAGCUUUUUUUUUCUUAAACAAACGCACUUGAACUCAAUCCUUUUUCAAGAUGAUUUAUCCAGUGGCAUAGUGCAUAGUAAAGCCUCGAUAAUAUGGUACAGUCUUAAAAGUUGUUGACGUUGAAUUCUAAAUAUUCUCUGGUUCUAUUUCCUAGCCCGAUCAUUCCUGUCUCAUGGCUGCAGGAAAAGAUUCACUUUCCUCUGCUUGAGAUACUAUUGAAAUUGGGAUGCAGACAUUUAAGGGAUUUAUAUGUAAACAAUGAAUUCCUUGCACUUUCUAUCAAAAUGUUUGUCUUUUGAGAGAUAGGGAUUUGGGUACCAAAUUUUUAAAUAUAAGAAUUUGGGAAGAACUUAAUCAAUCCUGGCCCAUGGAAAUGUGGUCGGGAGCUUUUGCUUCAAUGGACAAAUUUAAUUAAAUAUGUUUCUUAUAGGGAGAUGUAUUUUAAAUGGUAUAUAACGCCACUUAAGCUUUGGAAAAUAAAGAAAGAGGAUACAUAUAAAUUUUGCUGGAGAGGCUGUAUUUAAGUUGGCUCAGCAACACAUAUGUGGUGGUCUUGUCCCUAUAUUCAAAUGUAUUGGAAGGAGGUUAAACUUGGAUUAUCUUGAAUUGUAGGCAAAAAGAUCAAAUUAACUCCAGAAUUGGCUCUGUUUCACUUUCUACCUAGUUACCGCUCAAAAGAAUUAAAAUCUUUCCUGUUUCAUAUUUUAUCCAUAGCAAAAUGGUUGCUUUCUGUAAAUUGGAAAGGAGGAAGGUUGCCAAAGUGGUCAGAAGUGGAAAGGGUAAUGCAAAGAAAUAGGACACUAGAAAGAGAGGAUGGACAUUCAGGCGCUUAUAUAGUUCUGAAGUAUAGAUGGGCUCUGUGGGAUGAUUAUUGUUUGACUCUUGGACAAAAUCCUUCAUAGUUAUUUCUCCUCGUCGGCUCACCUCCCCAUGGAAUCCCGGAACAAUAUAUGUGGUAUGCGUGUGGCUGUGUAGUAUGGGUAUUUUUGGGAUCUAAGGGGGUUGCUCUCUUUUCCAUAGUUAUUCCUCACAUGUUUCUUCUUAUACCUCCUCACUUUUUUUAUAUAGUGUUCCCAUCUUUAGUAUAGAAGAUGGGCAUAUUUCAUAUGGUCUCCCACAAUUUGGGGUUAAAUGGCGACUAAGGUGAGGAGUUGGUGACUGCGAUUAAUAUAGGAUAAAAGGGGAAAUCAGGGUAAGAAUUUGGAAGAGGACAAUUUGUGGAGACUGAUAAAGGGUAUAGGUUAUAAUCCAUACUGGGUCAUUAUAGAAUACUCAUACAAUGUGAAUUGAUAGGUUGUUUGUCAUCUUUGGUGUUUGUCUUUGUAUUUUUGUAAUAUGUGCCAAAGUAAAAUUAUUGUAAAGAAUAUUUUAUGUAAAUUGAGUUUUAUAUACUUUGUGAUAAAAUUAAUAAAAAUAUUAAAUUUAUAAGUUAUUGCAAAUGUCAGAUUUGAUCAAUGUAGGAAAACAUUAGAGAAUUUUUCCAACAUGAAUAUUUCCUUAUUUAUUUUGUGUGUGAAACAGAAGAAGCUCCCUUGUCAAUUGUCAAAUUCUUAUUUAGUAAGGGCAGUAGCCUACUUGUUACUCUUGAUAAUGUACUGUCAGGGUUAUUUACGAAAGUAAGAAUUCAAAGUUGUAAAGACAAACAAAAAAAAAAAUACUAAUUCACCAACACAAAUGCCCAAAUGGGUAUUGUGCCAGGAAAAAGACAUACAACCCUGUAGGAAUGUGCUUGAUGACUAAAAAAGAUAUUUACAGCAUAAUUUAUUAAUAAAGCUAAAACACUCUCCUACCUAAUAGGUACUCAAGUGAGGUGGGUAUAAAUGCCCAUAUCAAAGCUAAAGGUAACUAUCAGGGAUAAUCCAAAAAGGAAAACUAUGAUCGAGGUAUAAUGCCUAGUCUGAGUAGGUAAAGAGGGUGUCAAAAAAAGACACAUCAUAGGGGCGGAGCCUGAACGCUGAACAGAUCAGACGUGUUUCGUCUGAGCUCCAGGAUCUGGGCCAGAGAAUCGGAGCCAACUCUGUGCCACGAGCAGCUAUCGACCAAAAACGGCAACCAAACUGCUCACAAGACAUGGACACACAGUGAUACCACACAUGCUACGGUACGGCACCGAAGUAACCCGACCAAGGCCUGGGGCCUAUGCGAGCUUGAGCCGGGGAGGAACGGCAGCUUCCCCGGGUCUCCGAAUGGCGUCCUGCGCCCCCCCCCCUUUGGACCGGUGGGGGUUAUCCCGGUCCCCACGGGCGACCACCAAGGAAGUCUGCCGAGCCCAAAUACAAACCGGGCCGCAAAGCACAACCCAGACGGAGCUCUCCAAAAUGGCGGACAGCCCGCAUCCACGUGGACAAACAAAGACCCAUCAAGUACUGCAGGGCCCACCAGAAAGCAGAGUCGGUUGGCAGACCACACAAGCCCCCAUGAAGGGCCAGCACCCUACCCUAAGCGGCAACAAACAUCGGCAAGUGCUCGCAGGCCACAAAACCGAGGGUGGGAAACGAGGUAAACCUCCCCGGGCGCCCGUAGUGCACGAACCUUACCUCACGAGCCCCCUCAGAUUGCAGCCGCCCAGAAGCACCAGCCACAACCAUAAACAUCAACCUAAGAAACUGCGGACCCGACAACACAGGGGGACACCCCACAUCAAGAUCUACAACAGCCCCUUCACGGGGAGGACCGCGGCCAUCAAAGGAAGCACUUCCACCACGAGCCGCAGAAGCAGGCCCCCAGGAGUGCCCAAGAUUCCAAGAAACGUGCAACUGGACUCUGCUACUGGGUCCCUUGCGGCCCUACAAACCCACUACCAAGACUAAGCACCGGCUAACGAUGGACGCUGUUCCUGGACUAUAAAAUGGACACUAAAACGCUGCUCUAGCCCUGCACGCACUGACACUGUCGGUACCCACAGACACACACAUGCUAGGACUCGCACAGCAAAAAACCAGCGCACACACAGCAGGCAGAGUAACACAUACACGCAACACUGGACACCAAUUAAGGCAGACACACACUACCCCAGACAACAACAAUGCACACAAGCCGUGACAAACUCCUCGAUAUUACUCAAACAGACCCCAGACCCGUCCAGGGGAGCGAAGGCAAACAAACCCCACACACUCCAGGGUGGCGCCCGAGGUAAACCAAGCCAGAGUUAAACUACUUAGUCCAAAUGACACACUAGAGAUCACACACUCAGUGGAUUAUCACCUGUAUAUCUUUAACUAUAUGUCGUGAAAAAUAUGUCAAACAAAACGUAAUCCUAAACUAUGCCUAUCUUUAUGCUCCAACUGAUUAAAUUGAAAAUGCUAGAGGGAAAUAUGGCGGGAGCACUAUAUGCUUAACUACCUUUCCACUAUCACUAUAAAAAUUGUGCAGACCUUAUAGUGCCAUAUGUGACCUGUAAUGUUGAAAAUGAGCACGUGAAUGCUAUUGUGGCACCACGGCGUAAUUGUGAAAUCUUGCACACAAAAAAUAAAGAAUUUAAAAAAAAAAGACACAUACUAGGUAUCUGGCAGGUAUAAAAGCACUCCAUAACCAUAGGUAAUCUAAAGACCUCUCUAUCCAUUACUACAUACUGACCACUAAGUGCUACCUUAGAGGAAUCCCUGUUACCUCAGCAUAGCAUAAAGCUAAUGCCUACCAACACUGCUAGUCCUAUAGAGGGACUAAAUAAACGAACAAGUGCUACUAACACCCACAACCCAAGUGCAUGGUGAGAAGAUUAAAAUAAAAAAGGAAAAGGCCGACGCGCAUUUCGGCGUAUCAAGACGCCGUCAUCAGGGGCAAAUACAAGCGCUACCCGCAUCUCCCGCUUCCUUAAAUGUCCAAUGUGUGAUUAAACAAUGUUAACAGCUGAUUCCCAUAAUAGGUACUCGCAUACCGUUGGUCCGGACGAGACUCCGCCCACCUGCCAUACGGUAGCGUCCAAUGCAGCCCGAACCACUUCCGCAUAACCCACGUGACUGCUACAUCAUCGCUAGGUCACGUGGGCGGGGAGGGGAAAGGGCGGAAAUCACCCGCUGUUGCUAAACCUCCAUCACUGACGGCCCUAGUGAGUCACAAAGACGUCACUAAGUGGGCGGGAUUACGACAAUCCAUGAGUCCAGUGCAAAGGAGGUGUAGCAUCACUGGAGUUAUCUAUGGAGAUGUCCAUGUAGCUUAAUAAUCCCUAAAUAAUAAGCACUAAACAAAAAACAAAUUAAUAGCUUCAAAAUAAUUAAAUAAUAAUAAUCAUAAUUAACAUUUAAAAAAAAAAACAGUUACUAAAUAGUGAUCAUUAGUUAAAUAAAAGGGGUAUACGAAAACCCCUCAUUAAGACCGUGGAGGCGAUAAGCCUCCCUCUGGCGGAGUUUAGUGUCCCAACCGCUUUUCCGUGGGGGCUGAGGAAUGUGUUCUAACCUCAUAAAGCGUAUUCCCGCUGAGGAGUGAUUAUGACAAAGAUGUAGAUGUCUCGAUAUGGGGGUUUCCAGACGUCUCCUCACCGAAUUUACAUGUUCCCUAAUUCUACAUUUAAAGGGACCACAUGAACAGGUAAGUAGAUAGAUAACCCCAGCAGUGCGGCAAUUGAUGAAAGAACGAGGGUUAAAUGUCUCUGAAUUGGAACUAUUGACGCAAACUUUAGAAUUCUUAUUAAUGUAGGGACAGGUACUACAAUGGCCACAUUGAUAUGUACCAAUAGGUAAGUAGUUCUUAAAAGGUCCUGGUGUUGACAACGAGGAAAGAUGACUAGGGACGAGUAGAUCCCUUAAGUUCCUACCUCUACGUGCUGUGAUAGAGGGGUAUGUUGUCACUACAUCCUUAAGAUAUUUAUCCGAGGAUAUGAUAGGCCAAUAUUUCUUAAAGAUUCCCAUCAUCUUCGCCCAACCCGCAUCAAAGGUUCCUAUGCAUCUUAUCGUAUACCCCUCCUGUUUAGCAAUAUUGUCAUCAAUAAGAAUUUGCGGUUCAGUUAAGAGGGCCCUCACGUAUGCUCUCUUCAGCACCCUAUUGGGAUACCCUUUUUCCCUAAAUGACAGUCUCAAGGUUCUCGCUUUGGACUUAAAAUCAUCUAGGGACGAGCAGUUACGUCAUAACCUAAGGUACUGGCCAAUGGGGAUUCCAGCUUUUAAUGAAGUGGGAUGGUGACUAGACCAGUCCAAAAGACUGUUUGUAGCUGUCUUUUUCCUAAAGAGGGUGGUAUAUACUUUAUUCUCUUCCCCUAUUUCAAGAGAAACGUCCAAAAAGCAUAACUUAGAGCCCCCCAUCUCACUUGUGUACCGCAGAUUAUAGGUAUUGACGUUAAGGGCUUCAACAAAGUCCCCAAAAUUCUCAGAGGUACCCAGCCAGACGACAAAAAUGUUGUCAAUGUACCUCUUCCUCUUGGAUGAAAAUACGUACUGUGUGAUUAAAAAGGAUCCAACCCCACUUUUCUUGGUUGAAUUACGCACCCUAUUGACUGGAGCUGUUGACACAGAACUCAUCUCAAAAGAUGAAUUUGAGUUUAUGAACCCUAAAGAACCUGUUCUGUCAACCUUCUACUGCUUACCUAAGAUACAUAAGUCUAUGUCUGACUUAACAGGUAGACCAAUAGUAUCUGGUUGCGGUAAUCUUACCCAGAAUAUAAGUGUAUUCCUUUGAUAAGAUUUUAUCCCCUAUGGUACAAGGGUUACCCUCACACCUCAGGGAUACAAAACAGUUACUUGGGUUCCUAACCCAGACUGAAAUUCCCAAUUAUGCCAAAUUAUGUAGCCUAGAUGUAGAGGCAUUGUAUAGAUCAAUUCCUCAUGAGCUUGGAAUUGAACACUGUAGAAUGUUUCUCUCACUUAAUCCCAAAUUACCUGAGGUGUAUAUUGAGUUUAUAUCAGAUCUGUUCAAAUUUGUUUUGACACACAAUAUAUUUCUCUUUAAUGGGAAAUUGUACCAGCAGAUGAGGGGAACAGCCAUGGGGACACCAUGUGCACCAUCAUAUACAAAUCUACAUCUGGGCUGGUGGGAGAGAACAAUCAGGGAAGACCCCAAUCUUAAACAGUAUAUGGACCAAGUCCUAUACUGGUAGAGGUACAUUGAUGACAUUUUUGUCGUCUGGCUGGGUACCUCUGAGAAUUUUGGGGACUUUGUUGAAGCCCUUAACGCCAAUACCUAUAAUCUGCGGUUCACAAGUAAGAUGGGGGGCUCUAAGUUAUGCUUUUUGGACGUUUCUUCUGAAAUAGGGGAAGCGAAUAAAGUAUAAACCACCCUCUUUAGGAAAAAGAAAGCUACAAACAGUCUUUUGGACUGGUCUAGUCACCAUCCCACUUCAUUAAAAGCUGGAAUCCCCAUUGGCCAGUACCUUAGGUUACGACGUAACUGCUCGUCCCUAGAUGAUUUUAAGUCCAAAGCGAGAACCUUGAGACUGUCAUUUAGGGAAAAAGGGUAUCCCAAUAGGAUGCUGAAGAGAGCAUACGUUAGGGCCCUCUCAACUGAACGGCAAAUUCUUAUUGAUGACAAUACUGCUAAACAGGAGGGGUAUACGAUAAGAUGCAUAGGAACCUUUGAUGCGGGUUGGGCGAAGAUGAUGGGAAUCUUUAAGAAAUAUUGGCCUAUCAUAUCCUCGGAUAAACAUCUUAAGGAUGUAGUGACAACAUACCCCUCUAUCACAGCACGUAGAGGUAGGAACUUAAGGGAUCUACUCGUCCCUACUCAUCUUUCCUCGUUGUCAACACCAGGACCUUUUAAGAACUACUUACCUAUUGGCACAUAUCAAUGUGGCCAUUGUAGUGCCUGUCCCUACAUUAAUAAGAAUUCUAAAGUUUGCGUCAAUAGUUCCAACUCAGUGACAUUUAACCCUCGUUCUUUCAUCAAUUGCCGCACUGCUGGGGUUAUCUAUCUACUUACCUGUUCAUGUGGUCUUAUGUAUGUGGGGAAGACCUUUCGUCCCUUUAAAUGUAGAAUUAGGGAACAUGUAAAUUCGGUGAGGAGACGUCUGGAAACCCCCAUAUCGAGACAUCUACAUCUUUGUCAUAAUCACUCCUCAGCGGGAAUACGCUUUAUGGGGUUAGAACACAUUCCUCAGCCCCCACGGAAAGGCGGUUGGGACACUAAACUCCGCCAGAGGGAGGCUUAUUGGAUCUUUAAACUUCAAACUUUAUCGCCACACGGUCUUAAUGAGGGGUUUUCGUAUACCCCUUUUAUUUAACUAAUGAUCACUAUUUAGUAACUGUGGUUUUUUUUUUUUUUAAAUGUUAAUUAUGAUUAUUAUUUAAUUAUUAUUUUGAAGCUAUUAUUAAUUAGUUUUUUGUUUAGUGCUUAUUAUUUAGGGAUUAUUAAGCUACAUGGACAUCUCCAUAGAUAACUCCAGUGAUGCUACACCUCCUUUGCACUGGACUCAUGGAUUGUCGUAAUCCCGCCCACUUAGUGACGUCUUUGUGACUCACUAGGGCCGUCAGUGAUGGAGGUUUAGCAACAGCGGGUGAUUUCCGCCCUUUCCCCUCCCCGCCCACGUGACCUAGCGAUGAUGUAGCAGUCACGUGGGUUAUGCGGAAGUGGUUCGAGCUGCAUUGGACGCUACCGUAUGGCAGGUGGGCGGAGUCUCGUCCGGACCAACGGUAUGCGAGUACCUAUUAUGGGAAUCAGCUGUUAACAUUGUUUAAUCACACAUUGGACAUUUAAGGAAGCGGGAGAUGCGGGUAGCGCUUGUAUUUGCCCCUGAUGACGGCGUCUUGAUACGCCGAAACGCGCAUCGGGCCUUUUCCUUUUUUAUUUUAAUCUUCUCACCAUGCACUUGGGUUGUGGGUGUUAGUAGCACUUGUUCGUUUAUUUAGUCCCUCUAUAGGACCAGCAGUGUUGGUAGGCAUUAGCUUUAUGCUAUGCUGAGGUAACAGGGAUUCCUCUAAGGUAGCACUUAGUGGUCAGUAUGUAGUAAUGGAUAGAGAGGUCUUUAGAUUACCUAUGGUUAUGGAGUGCUUUUAUACCUGCCAGAUACCUAGUAUGUGUCUUUUUUUUUGACACCCUCUUUACCUACUCAGACUAGGCAUUAUACCUCGAUCAUAGUUUUCCUUUUUGGAUUAUCCCUGAUAGUUACCUUUAGCUUUGAUAUGGGCAUUUAUACCCACCCCACUUGAGUACUUAUUAGGUAGGAGAGUGUUUUAGCUUUAUUAAUAAAUUAUGCUGUAAAUAUCUUUUUUAGUCAUCAAGCACAUUCCUACAGGGUUGUAUGUCUUUUUCCUGGCAAAAUACCCAUUUGGGCAUUUGUGUUGGUGAAUUAGUAUUUUCUUUUUUUCUUUUUUUUUUUUUUUUGUCUUUAUAAUUUCUAUUAGGGUUACCCCCUGUGUACCAGUACAACCCGGUGACUUCCUUUUUUGACUUCGGGCUUUGAGGUGAUACUUGCUCUUCUUAACCCAAGUCUGGGGUUGAAGGGCGCUACCCAAAUGGACCCAGAUUCUACCUAUAGACAAGAAUUCAAAGUUGCUGAAUUGGGGGCGGGGAAAUUGUCGGUAAGGCCUUAAAUUUAAAAUUGACUUUGAAAUCUCGCUUGAGCAAAUAACCUUGUUUGUGUCCUUAUACACAAAGGGAAAAGGUGCGUUUUAAAUACAGGGGUGUAUUUGUAUGCAGAAGCUGUGUCUGUUUAAAAUCAGGGAUGUGUAAGAAGUGUAAAAGCUCCUUUGCAUACAUUGUGUGUGUUUUUUUUUUAUUUUUUAUUUAUAAAUAUAUCUAUAUAAAUGUAUAUAAAUGUAACUGCGUUUGGGCUAUGACUUUGCAUUGGUUGACCUGUCCAUCUGCACUUUCAUUAUGGUAAAUGCAGGUCCAUGCAGAAAUCAUAGCGCUUCCUUGGCUGCAAAUACCAGAGAUUUUUGCAUAUCUGCUGUGGAAAAUAUGAUUGCGGCGUUUACAAUCCCACACAUGCAAAUUGAAGAUGCAAUAUACUUACCGUAUAUACUCGAGUGUAAGCAGAGUUUUUCAGCACAUUUUUUUUUGUGCUGAAAAACCCCAACUCGGCUUAUACUAGAGUCAGUCUGUAUUAUGGCAACUUACUUUGCCAUAAUACAGACCAGGACCGCCGGGCUCAUUACAAGCCCGGCGGUCCUGUUGGGGGCUGGCAGGGAGCUCCUACUUACCUUCCUGCAGCUCCUGUCAGCUCCCUCCUCCUCCGUGCAGCUCCUCGGUCAGCUCCGUUCUGCUCACAGUGUAAGUCUCGCGAGAGCCGCGGGUCUCGUGAGAUUUACACUGUAAACAGAACGGAGCUGUCCGAGGAGCUGCACGGAGGAGGAGGGAGCUGACAGGAGCUGCAGGAAGGUAAGUAAGAGCUCCCUGCCAGCCCCUCCACUGAACUGCCAAUGCCACUGGACCACCAGGGAUUUGAUAUUAUUUUAAUAUUUUAUUUUAAUAAUAAUAUUAUUAAAAUAAUAUAAUAUUAAAAUAACAUUAUUUUAUUAUUAUUAUUAUUUUAAUAUUUGCAUUAUUUUAUUUUAAAUGUUUUUUUGUUCCCUCUCCCUGGCCAGGCAACAAGCAGGGACAUUUAAAAAAAAAUAAUGCAAAUAUUAAUAUAUUAAUAUUAAUAUUUUAAUAACAAUAUAUUAUUAUGAUUUUAAUAUUUGCAUUAUUUAAAAAAAAAAAUUUUUUGUCCCACCUCCCUGGCCAGGCAACAAGCAGGGAGGGGGGGGACAAAAAGCCAUUUAAAAAAAAAAAAUAAUGCAAAUAUUAAAAUAAUAUAAUAAAUAUUAUUAAAAUAAUAUAAUAAAAAAAUUAAAAUGCCCUCCCCUCACCCAGUUUACACACACUGUAUUAUAUACACACUGCAUUCAUUAUAUACACACACAACACACAAACGCACACACUGCAUUCAUUGUAUAUGCACACACUGCACUCAUUGUAUAUACACACAAACACACACUCUGCAUUCAUUAUAUAUACACACAAACACACACUCUGCAUUCAUUCUAUACACACACUGUAAAUAAAUAUUCAAUUAAUGUAAUUUUAUUGGGAUCUAAUUUUAUUUACAAAUUUACCAGUAGAUGCUGCAUUUCCCACCCUAGGCUUAUACUCGAGUCAAUAAGUUUUCCCAUUUUUUUUGUGGUAAAAUUAGGGGCCUCGGCUUAUAUUCAGGUCGGCUUAUACUCGAGAAUAUACGGUAUUAGCGGCAUUGCUAUCAAGUUUAAAAAAAUAUGUCAAAUACCUUGCAAUGGGGCGAUAGGAAUUCCAAAUCCCUGGCCUUUGGCAACUAUAUUUGCUAAGAUUUUUGAUGGGGAAAAAGUCACGUUAAUUUUAUUUUAUUUUUUUUAUUUUAUUUUAUUUUUAGGGAAAUCUUAAAGAGAAAAUUCAAACAUUAAAAAUGGAGUUUGCUGAUCUUACUCAAAGAAAAUGUGAAGAACAGGAAAAAUCUCAAAAGCUUCAGGUGAGUGCCAAUCCUGUCUAUUACUUCACUGUAUAACAAAACUUCUGGAACUUGACCUUAUGUAAAAUAAAAUGAUGCAGGUUAACCUAGCUUCUCCUUUCCAACAGAAAAGUGUGCAUUAUUGAUACAUAGUAUAACCUCUGCAAGGGCUGAAUGUAGUCAGUUAAAAGACUUGAAAAAAUACCAUACAUGGUGGUGAAUACUCUUGCAACAAUACCAAUAGUGUCCUGUAGUGCAAGUCAUGUAUGGUUGGCUAUCCUCCACUUUCCCCCCCCCCCAGAAAGUGAGUGUAACACUGUAGGUCUGUUUGCAAACUAGAAAGCUACUUUGGAAAUGCAAACUUAGUCAUAAUGCAGAUGAGAUAGAUCUGACCAUUUUCCUUCCAGAAAAUCUGCAGGUUGCAAGAAUAAUUUUAUUGGUUUACUGGUUACCAACAAUGAACUAGACCACUUGUAGACAAUGAUGUAUAGGAACAAAUCAGACCCUAAUGCUGGUUUGUUUCUCCUUCCCAAAAUAAAAUAAAAUAAAAAAAAUAAUAUAAAUAUAUAGCGCACACACUUUUUUUCAGCACAUCCCAUACUAUUGUGAAAUAAGUAUCAGAUAGCAUGGUUUUAUAUUUCUUGGUAAUAAAAGCCAGAUUGGUUUUGAUUCUUAUGUUGACUUUUGUUUUCUUUAAAAAAAAAAAAAAAAAAAAUCUUAACACGGAAUACUCUCUUCUUAUAACUUGAAAAGGGCAGGCAUGAAGAAUUUUUGAAGCUUGAACUGAUGUGAAGUUUUUCCUUAGAGAAACACUGUAAGCAUCAGCUUUUGCUUUAGACUGUUUUGGUGUAUAGAUCAUGCUCCUACAGUCUUACUGCUCAAUUCUCUGCUACUUAGGAGUUAAAUCACUUUUGUUUAUGCAGACCUUCAGUACAUUUGACCUAUAGAUUUCCUGUAAUGAGAAUUAACUUUAGACUUCCUUUUAUUGCACAUUGUAUUUAAAUUAGAAUUCCAUAUCUCCUGCUCUUUUAAGGGAUUUUUUAAAAGUUCAAUGAGCAGAGCAGGAAGUGCAAACUUCUAAAGUGAACAGUUCAUGUUGGCAGGUGAGCUGUUAGGGCCACCCGAUGCUAUGUAUUUCCAGGGGCCCGGUCAGCGCUGCUGCGCUUUAACAGCGAGACUGGGCCCCCUGUGAUUAGUUCCUGUUACUUCCUAGGAGUUUUACUAUCAUAAUUAAUAAUCCCUAUGUCAAACAGGUAUGUAUUUGUGAAGUGAGAAAACAAUUAAAUUUAAAGGUCCACUUUAGGCACCCAGACCACUUCACUUCAGCUAGUUUUAACCCUGCAGCUGAAAACAUAGCAGUUUCAGAGAAACUGCUAUGUUACACUGAGGGUUAAGCCAGCCUCUAGUGGCUGUCUCCCUGACAGCCACUAGAGGCGAUUCUCACUGUGAAAAUCACAAAUAUAUAUUCUGUUUUCUUUCAAAUUUAUGUUUAUUCCACCUCAGGAUGAUGUGGGCCACAAGCGUAAAAUGUUGGCUUGCGAAUUUGAAAGCCUCCGUCAACUUCUGGCAGACAAUGAGCGAGUACUCAAUGACCGUCUGGAAAAGAUGGAGAAAACAAUUAUACAGAAAAGAGAUGAGACCAUAAGUAAAUUGGAUGGGAAGCUUUCUACACUCCAGAAGCUGAUUGCAGAUCUUGAGAAAAAUAGAGUUCCCACUGUUUCUCAAAUCCCAGAGGUGAGGUAACUGCAAUCUCCGAAAUGUCUGUUUAUACAAUGCUAGCCCACCCACCCCCUUAUUCAAGCCUUUUAUUCAUAGUUUAGAAUACAUUAAAAAGGAAAUUACUUUUGUUAACAAUACAAAAUUUCAAAUACUAUAUGAAUUUAUUCAGUAAAAUACUUGUCAACUGAGCUCUUAAAGCUAGUUAAAAUGGCAACUUUGGCUCAGAAGAAGGAUCACGUCUAAUAGUGAUAGAAAACUGCAUAUUUCCUGGGGUGUUCACUAAUCUGGGAACUGGAAAUUUUGAUUCAUAAUAGAUUUUGGAACAUACUCCUCAGUGGUAACAAAACCUCUGCCAUGGACUUCUCGUUCUAUCCAGACCAUGCCAUGACUCAAGUACUUAAGGAAACUCUUGAUAGACUUACAAGCAAGUGAGUUCAGGAAAAUGUCUGAACUUUAUUAAACAGGACAUAGGUUUUAUAACAAAAAAACCAUAAAGGGGAGUAUCAUCAACUACCAAUCGACUAUUAACUAACAGAAUUUACAGCUUGUGCAAGCAUGUAACAAAUAAUCGAAACUUAUCUAGGUGGGGACUUCUUACAAUAAGGUAGUGUCAUCUUAGAAGAGGGGGGACAAGAAUGGUUAUGUGCAAAACUACGUAUAUGACAUGCACGUACGUGCAAUGUACAAGACCUAGUCUUAUUAUUUCAAUAGCCAAAUUCAAAACUACUUAUGUUUGCUAUACUUCCAACUCUAUAACCUUUUUAUUAACAUAUUUGUGAAUAACCCUAUUCUUGUUUUCAUCUUUCUGGUAUACAUUUUGGUCAAGUUGACAAGUGACAUGUUGUCAAAUUCAGCAAUGAAGGUGAAAUUGUGAGUAGGUUAAGUGAUGCUCCUUGUCCUAUUGAAUUCCCUAAACCAGGCAACUUAAACUUUGAUCCCCCUGAUGUUGCCAAACUAGAACACCAAUGAUUAUCUGGCAAUUUAUUGUAUUCAAUGAAUUCUGGGUAUCGUAGGCCAUUAAUGUCUGGGUAGCAGAGUUUGAGAUUCACGCUCUAAAUCUAAUAAAGCCAGUACUAAAGCUAAAAGCGAAAUGAAGGCUUCUUGUUGAUCAGUGAUCUAUAGAUUCUCUCACUGUUGAGGACUGGUUGGAUUGUGGAUAAACCGCUCUUUGCAGUUGAUUGGUCAAUUAACGUUUUUUUUUUUUUCCUCUCCAUCUUCUCUCCACUUUCAGUCAAAACAGGAUUCAAAUGGUGCUGUGAUGAGGUAACUAUUUCAUUUUAACAAACAGGUAUCUUCCUAUAAAUUGAAUAGUGUUGAGGAGAAAUAAAAUUUUGUCUACAAAUGAGAAAUUUCAGCAUUGCACCCACAAUGUAGAACAAUAUGGUACGAGUCUACAAAGUUAGGCUCCAGUCUCUAUUUAUUAUAGACAUAACUCAUGUUUCCCAAAUUAUUUUACAAACACCCUAUGGAUGUAUCCAUGCCAAACUCCUAUAUUAAUGAUAUAUGGCUGGAUGGUAACCUACCACUGAUAAGUGUCCUAUGUCCAGGAAAAUAUAAAAAAAAUAAAAAAAUCUUUGGAUAGGUGUGUAUGUACGUUUCCACAAUAUGUAAAAGUAUAGUCACAAAGACCACUUUAUCAUAAUUAACUUGCUUGAGCACAGUGACCCUCUCCUUUAUAACCCAGCAACGUUAAAUGUUGCAGGUUUCUUUUUGUUUUUUGUUUUUUUUAUAUAUAUAUAUUUUUUUUAAUUGCAGGAUUAAAUCAACCACUAGAGACCCUUCCACUGACAAGCUAGGAAAUCCAUAGGAAUACAUUGUAUUAAACAUUUUUCUAGGGGAUAGCUUGAAUGUGCAUGCAAAUUAGGGCACCAGUACUCUUCCAGUAGCUUUGAAUUAAACCAUCAUGGAUGAGUCCAUACCUCUUCAAUGACACAGUGGGAGGUAGAAGGGUAAGCAGUAAAAACCAAAGUAUAACGAACGUUGUUGCUCUAACAAAGUUGUUGUGGGUUUGUUUGUAUUUUUUUUUUGUAUUUUUUUUUUUUUUAAACAAUCUUCUUUAAAGUGUGCAUGUGUAAUAUAUGUAAAUAUUCUGUGUGUGUGCACUUUCGCUCUUCAAAAAAAAGGUAAAAAUAAGUGUGGUUUUUAUUUCCCCCUCUCCACCCAUUAGACCUAUUGAAGGUGCACAAUUUCUUGAACAAACAGAUCUGCAUAGAAUGAUGGCCUCAAGGGACUAUAUGAAGAUGUUUACUGGUAAAUUAUGAUGAAUAACAGUAAGAUGAAGAAAAAUAAUGUUAAAAUGUCACUCCUAGUAGUGUAGGAAUGGGAAAAUGGUAGAUCCCCAGAUGUCGAACUACAACUGCAUUGGCAUCCUUGAAAAUUGCAAAGCAUUAUUGAAGGUGUAGUUUUACAAUAUCUGGGGAUCUACCAUUUACCCACCCCUGAUGUAGUUGUUGUGUUCCAUAGAUGAUGAUACUUUUCUGUGGCAAUUUUUAUAUCCAGGAUGAUUGGAGGAGGCAUGGUGGCUGCCGCUGAAUUAUAUUUGCAUUUUUAUUAGGGUGGGCUGGGAGAGUAUUUAGGUGAGGGCAUAAUCAAAAUACUUAUUUUUAGCCAUGGCAUUUUUUUUAAUAAGCGUGUUCACAUUUUAAAUAUAGAAUGGUAUAUUCUAUAAAUUUCCUAAAAUAAUGAGAUGCCAAAUUCCCACCAUGACAGCUGCUGUUACUAGGACAAUAAUGCUUGUCUCUUUUAAUUUUCUUUUUUUUUUUCACUUCUUAUCUUUCUCUUCUCAGUUUCUGUAACAUUUGACCAAAAAACCGCAAAUUUCAAUCUUUCUGUUUCUGGAAACCGAAAGCUGGUCAGAUACGAAGAAUAUCCAAAGAACGUAAUGCCGCAUCCUGAUAGAUUUGAUUCAAAGCCUUGUGUGCUUGGGCUCACAGGAUACAAAAUUGGGAAACGCUACUGGGAGGUCGAUGUGGGAGGUGGUAUAUAUUGGAGUGUUGGGGUUGCUAAACAGUCUGUAUGCAGAAAAGGUGUGUUCAAAAUACAACCUAGAGGUGGGAUCUGGGCAAUCGGGUUACUUGGUAUGUUUACAGACCAAUAUUAUGCCUUCACCAAUCCUGACAUUCUUCUGAAUCCUAGAAUACACCCUGUUAAGAUUGGUGUUUUUUUGGACUGUGAUGAACAUUUUGUGGCAUUUUAUAAUGCUGACACCAUGGAGCACCUUCAUUCGUUUUAUUUUGUGCAAACUACAGAUAAACUAUACCCAUUUUUUUGUGUUGGGGCACUUGGAACAGAGCUCAAACUUGACUAAGUAUUUAACCAUGAUCCAUUUAUUUUGUAUAGUAUAACAAAAAAUAUGCACUUUCAUGUGAAAUCAUUCUUCAUUCUUUAUUUUUUUAUUUUGUUUUUAGAAGUAAUUUUAUAUGAAUUCUUCAAAUUUCUAUUUUUAAAUAUUGAAAGUUGUCAGAUGAUUCACUUUAGCUGGCUAUGCAGUUUCAGGUUUGGCAUGUGUAGUCCAGAUUUGAGCUAAUUGAAGAAAAGCAGAUUGCAUUUUAAUUUUUUAAAAUUUUUUUUUUUUGGAUGACUACUUCAGUAUAGUUUUUAAUGUACUUUUCUUACUGCCACUGUAAUUCUAACUGUAGUAGAAAUCACUGAACAAGUUAAUUUUAUCUCAAAUGUGUUAAACUAUUUUGACACUAUAAAAUAAAGCUAAUCUGUUUUACUCCCAAUGUCCUACUAAUUUUCUUAUUUAGGUGCUAUGUUUUCUUCUGUUAUAUUUGCUUGGAGUUAAUUCUCAAAUUAAAAUCCACCGAAGAACUUUUAUGAAUGGAAUUGGGUUCACAUAUGUUUACUUCGUUAGUACCUCAUUAUCAGUGGUAGCUGGUAAUAUGCAUGCAGCAUAAUGGAACUCUGCCUUCUGUAACUUAUUGUAUCCCUCACCUGCACCACUUUGCUUUCCUGAGUGCGGUUUAGUUCUGCAACAUUGUAUUUUGGCAAGCAUUGGGCAGUAAGACAGGUAAACACUGUGUGACAGUUCAUAAGAGAUCUGCUGUCAGAACAUGUGCUAUGGGUACAUAGCUGAGGACCCCUCUGUAACGGACCGUUUCUCUCCCAAGGGGAUAAAAUCGGUUUAGGCGAUAAUCCCCUUUCCCAUAGACCAGCAGCUACUGCAAUCACCAACCUCCUGAACUCCAAACUGCACGUAUUCACCAACUCUCGAACAGCAGACACAGGAACCCUGGAAGCAGCCGAACAGGAAAAGCAAUACAAACGGCUUACACUCCUGGCAGUCAGCACACAAUCCAAUUCCCCCAAUAACGAGACGACACUUCGUUUUGAGGGUUAAGCAGAAUCUGAGGUGCUGGCACACCCAGCCUGGUUUUUAUUACAGUGUUUUCAAAUACAGGACCGCCCACAGGGAGGUAUAAAACAACCAAUAACAUCACAGUUACAUCCCACAUAUUCCCUCCCCUUAUCCUGAGAGGAAACUCAAUUAUACAUACAGUUAAAACAUACUUUCUACCCAACUUUCAUAACUCUAAAACCAUACAUCACAUUCACAUAAAAUUACACAUUCACAAUCAAUCCAUUCAGGGGAACAACAUAUUAAAAAAUGGCACAAAUCAGACAAGGGGUUCAAAAGUUAGUAAAAAGUCCUUUGUGACUAAAUGAAGCAUGGCUUUCCGGCCCAAACCAGUUUCAGAGUCUUCUAUCCUGGAGAUAAGUAAUUCAAUUAUCUCCCAGGACAGACACAAGACUCCAUUAAGCACAUGGUUGAAAAAAGACACAAAACACUUUAAAAUACCUAAAGUCACCUUUUAUACAUAAAACACAGACAUUUCACAUAUCCCCAGAUAGCUCAGGUCUGAGCGCACAUUAUUAAGUGAAUGGCGCUCAGACCGCACGAAUACAGCUUUUCUGCAGGCAAAAAUAAAGUCUUUUAAAAGGGGGCCAUAGUCAGAUGGCAGGAGGCUGGCAACCAGGCUUCUCCAGUGCACAGUGGCGAGGUUGGUUUCGCCACACCCUCCCAUUGAAUCCUUUUUGUGGCUGUUCCUAGCAAUGCUUCAAAACCACCCGGGGAAGACUACUAACCAUUUUACAUGUAAAAUCUAAUUGAUAUAUGAUGUAUUCAAACAGCCUUUUUUUAUAUAUUAAACUUCAACUCAAUCACCAUAUUGGCUUGCUGAGUGUGAUGGAAAAUGUUAAAUGCGAGUGGUCAGAUUCUCUAUCAAUGAAUAGAUUACAUUUCCUACAUUACCGUGAUUGGUCCAGACAUACUGCUGGCCUACCAUCUAUGUCGGUAUCGGCACACCUCAACCGACUUUGCUAAAGGUACAUGUCUUUAUCACAAUUCAUUUCAUUACUGAAAUGGCCUAAAUAUAUAUUUUAAAAAAUGUUCUUAGAAGUAUAUAUCUCUAUUAAAGGUACUCUGUGCUUGCAGAGUUAAAAGGAACACUAUAGUUAUAGAGGGAGGGGGUGGGGAGGACCUGAUACGCAUGCCAGUCGAGUGUGCAUUAAAGGGACACUAUAGUCACCUGAACAACUACAGCGUAAUGUAUUUGUUCAGGUACGAUCUAUAGCUCCCUGCAGGCAAUUUAAUGUAAACACUGUAUUUUCAGAGAAAAUACAGUGUUUACAUUGAUUGAGUGACGGCCACUGGAGGUAUUCUUAUCAGACGGCCACCAGAGGGACUCCCUAUCAUGCAGGGCCCUAAAAAGGCCUUGUACACGUCAGACGUAUUAAAAUACGUCUGACGUGUGCAGGAGAGAGAAGGCACUGUGUGCGCGCCUUCUCUCUUCUGCCUGUCAGCAGAGGAGAGGGGGCGGGCAAAGACCGCAAGCUGUCAGUCAGCUCAGCUCGCCACUGCGCGCAUGUGCGGUAGUGCGCUCAGGACUUCAGAGGGUGGCAUGAAUGCCUCCCUCUGAAGUAUGUGCGGCAAAACCGCGCGUGCGCACAAGGGAGCAAUGACUCCUCCAAAUGGAAGCGUCUGAUUGACGAAAUGGGAGCGAGCAGGGAGCAUUUUGACGAAAUAGGGGGCGCAGCUUCACGAGGCUCCCGGCGCUGGAACCAGGUGAGUUAAAAGGGCUGCCUGGAGUGUCCCUUUAAGCCUUCCCUAUAGGAAAGAAUUGACUCAAUGUAAACAUUGCAGGGUUAGGGGAACUGGGACAGAUUAAGUGGUUUGGGUGCUUAUAGUGUCUCUUUUUAAUGCAUCUGUGAACCUGCACUAAUCCAGGUUAACAAUGUAACUUGCCACAUAUUUUACUAGUUAAUAUGUAUUCAAAAUGCUUAAUUACUUUCAAGUGUGGGUAAAAAAGAACACUUCUGUGGAGUUUGGAAUAUUGGGAUAAGUAGGCAUAAAGAAUGCCAAGAGUUGUACUUUAUUCAAAAUAUCCAAAUUCUGAUAUAAAUCUGAUUUGGCUAGUGUAGGUGUAUAUUCUGAUAGCAGACCCCUUUAAUAUUUUCAAAAGGAUAAAUAUACAUUACGUUUUAGCGGCUGUGAUCAGGAGUGGAGUUAUUUCAGGACUACACCUCAUUGAGGGAAUCAACACAGUGAAGGAGAAGACUAUAUUUAAAAGAAAACUACCACAACAAGAGGACGUAAUCUUAAAAUAGACGGGCAAAGGUUUAAAAAUAUCUGGAAGUAUUACUUUACUGAGAAGGUAGUGGAUGCAUGGAAGGAGUUUGUACAUUUUCUAGACAAUCGCCAUGUCUUACAGAUUUUAGGACCUAAGCAUCCCAAUUGGAUUGAUACCAAACCUCAACAAACACUCUGCAAUCACUAAUCCACUGCGUAGACCUAUCAUUGCCUGUAUUGGAUCGAUAUUUAUUUAGCAGAAUCUUGGAAUGUGUGGAUCAUCUGCUGCAUUCACUAGUGACCAGAGAUUUACAAUUGUUAUGCACAAACAUCCAUCCCACAUGAUGGCUGCCUUUGCAAACUAAUUCAUGUCUUUUUGGUAAGAUGUGGCGUUGCGUGUCUGGGCGCAAUACCUGGUCAUAUAUAAGUAAUAGAUAUUUUCUUUAUUUAGAAAGGUGAGGAAGAAAAGUUAAAUAAUCUUAUUAGGGAUCUGACCCAUGGAAAAAUAAAAUCACACGGAACAAGAAAUAGGUCAGUUGUUUGGGUCUUCGCAUUGAUGUGGCAGGUGUACCACUAAUAACAAAAACCUAAUUCAAACCAGUGAAUUGUAACAAUGACCUAAGAAGGAACAACUAUCCUUUACCUCAUGGCUUGACAUCAUCCCACAGGAGCAAUGUCUAAGAAUUAGAAGGAAGUGCACGGAAGAAUAGUACAUCCAACAAUCUUAUACUUCAAGAAGCAUUGGAAGAGAAGGGCUAUGACAAACCAACUUUGGAAACGAAAAAUGGAUAUAUCUUAAAUAGAUGGGGAAUCCUUAAUAGGCAAAGAUGGAGAAUUAUUUGUAAAUAUUGGCUAAUCCUAUGUAAGGGCCUGCUUUUAAGGGAUAUACCUGUCACUAAACCAAGGUUUAUACAUAGAUAAGCUAGGAACUGGAAGUCUGACUACCCUACCAAAAUAAAGUGCAGAGAUAAUGUAGAUAUUAAAGAAUUUCAUGUGAUAACUGUUUUGAAUACAAGAAAUAAAAAGAAAGUAGCUACUGAAACAGAUGGCGCAAGGGGAGCCUAAAAUAAAAGCGAUCACUUGUUUUACUAAAAGCAUCAUUUUAUGGAUUAAAAUAUAUAUUGGAAGAACACCAGUGCACAAGAACAUAUAAGAACAGUGUAUCUUUACAUUGCAAAGUUAAACACAAUAGUAAUAAGGGUGGCUUAAUUUUUUGGGAAAUAUAGAGAAAGUUUCUCUAGCUUCAAGGGGAGAUGAUAUUGUAAAAAAUUUAAUAUAUUUAUAAUUUUAAUGUUACAACCACAAGGACUAAAUGUGGAUUUGGAAUUGUGCCAUAUUUCAGAUUAUUUUAGGGUUUAAUAAGGUCAAAUUGUGUUAUUUCAUUUUCCAUUUUGUAUUUUUAAAUAUAUAUACUUUUUGGAAUGCUCAUAUGGAACACAAAUAUUCGCCUCUUUCAUAGACGAUAUAGAGAGUUGGAACGCAAGUCAGUUGGAUGUAAGACGUGACAGACUGUGGGACACAACCCUGGAAGAUAUAUAGAAGGCCGGAAAUGAGAGGCGGAGCAUCGCAGUAUAGCGGCAUAUUUAAACAGGACACUAGGUCUAUGCAGAUAUGACUUUUAAAGCCAGCUAUUACUGGCAAAAUGCAAAUCAGGAUAUUUUUACCUACAGGUUAUUUUUUUAUCCCAUUGAGGACUUUUAUCUGAUGAUUUUCUUUUAAAAGUGAUUUUAUUGCCACAUGAUGGCAUAUGCAGAUUUGAUUUCAGGGUGAAACUACCAUCCUUAUCACUUCCACCAUAUAGGUAGAGCACCACCUAUAAGAGUGUUUAAAGUGCCUUAUUUAUGUGCCUUAAUCAGUGAAGGCUUAAACAUUUAUUACAUAUGAGUUUUUGUGCUUUUAUAAAUUGAUCUAUUAGUGUCUACAUCCUAUGUCUUGGAGUGAAAUGAGGCUAUAUUGUUACCAGAAGAGAUUUAUACCAUCAUAUUCUUAUGAACAGAACAAAGGGAUACGUUUCUAGCGCUAGUGAUGUGGGUAAUGGAAGGCAGCUGGAACAAUCCAAAUCAGGGUCGCUCUUGUCUCUGUCAAAGAACAGAUGUAUACAGGCGUAACUUUAAACCACAGGGCACAGUGCGAAAAAUGCCCUGGGCCCCCAGUACCCAAUCCCUGUACAAUCCUAGACAUAAACAAUCCCUGUACAAUCCUAGACAUUGAUAAAUGCAAAUACACACAAGAUAACAAAUGCUAACACACAGAAUGAGACUUCUACAGAUACAAACACUGACACACAUGUGGAUACACAGACAUACAGACAGAUACACAUAUAGACACGUAUACAAAGACACACUUAAUGACAAACAUUCAAAUACACAGAAUGACACACAAAAAGAUAAGUCCUGGGCUCACUCCCAUCACUCCUGGGCGGCAGCAACGACCACAGUACACAUCAGUCCCAAUAUAUACAGUUCAAACAAAACAUUUAUUUAAAUAUACAUAGGGAUUUAGGAAAGAGCGCAGGUAACUUUUUCUUUGGUUUUUACAGUAACACACAGAUACAUAGAGGCACACACUGAUACACAUGCAGACACAGGGAUAUACAGACAGAUACACAUACAGACACAGGGAUACAGACCAUACACACAUGCAAACUGUAAAAACAUUUUAGUCACCGUCCUGUUUCCUACAUUUUAUGUGCAGGAGGGUGACUUUCCUGGGGUCCAGUGGCUGGCUCGGGCUGAUGGGAAUCAAACCUCCCACUCUGACUACCUACUCUCCUCCUGCGCUGCUCUCUUAGCUGUGGGGAAGUGACGGCAUCCUCCCAGCUCUGACAUGAUCAUUGGGGCACAGUCGCGUUUAUAAAGCGCUGCAGCACAAUGACGGCAGGCACCCGGUCGACAGGGUGGCUGGGCCCACUCGACUCCUGCGACCGCCGUAGUGCCUUCAAUGGAGUGUGUAUGCCAAAUAUAAAACGAGAGCAAACACACUCAGUGAGACUAUAGUGGUGGUAUAUGUGAAAAACAAAAAAAGGAAAUGCAUUUACAAUGUGUAAAACAUUCACUAAGCUCUAUUUAAAAGUGCCUGGGUGGUAUGAUCCCCCGCCUGUGGAUAUGAUGUUAGUGUCUUGAUCUGAUGAGGAUAAACUAUAAACAAAACAAAUGCCAAUAUAGUGUAGUAUAUAGAUAGACAAAAAUAUAUCUUAAGAUAUAUUAAAAUGCACAUUUAGUUUUUAUUAUUUUUUAUAUAUUUUACUAUUGCCUUAGAAGACAGUUUGCACCUGUGGGUGAUCAUUGUGACUGAUUUAUAAUUGGAGACUGCUGCUAUGAAUUGGCAUUGGUCUGCAAAAGUUAAAGGUCGUUUUCCUGACACUAUAUAGUCCUUAGGUCCCCUCCUCCCUCAGGGCUGAAGGGGUUAAAACCUCUUCAGCCACUUACCUUUAUCCAGCGCCGGGCUCCCUCAGCGCUGGUGAAUUCUCCACCCCUUUCGACGCCAGCUCCCGAGUGGAGCCGAAUGCGCAUGUGCGGCAAGAGCCGCGCACUCAUUAAAAACGCCCAUAGGAAAGCAUUUCUCAAUGCUUUCCUAUGGACGUUCUGCGUGCUCAAUGCGAUUUUCACAUUGAGCGUCGGGUAAGCGCCUCUAGCGGCUUUCAGGAAGACAGCCACUAGAGGCUGGAUUAACCCUGCAAUGUAAACAUAGCAGUUUACAUCUGAAGGGUUAAAGCCUGGGGGACCUGGCACCCAGACCACUUCAUUGAGCUGAAGUGGUCUGGGUGACUAUAGUGGUCCUUUGAUGCAAUUCCAAAGAAUAUGUUCUGAUUACUUUCAGCUCAAAACUACUUAAUUUAGGAAGUAGAUGGUUAUAGAAAUCUUUCAGAUUACCUAAAACAUCCAUGAUUAAUGACUGAUUUGAAACAUUGUGAGCUGGAGCUGGGCCAACAAGUCAUUUUGUUCAGUUUACAAAUAUAAAAACCAAACAUAUGCAGAUCAGUGCAUCCUCUUAGAGCAAUUCAUUCACAGAUACACUCACAUUCUCACACUAUCACUCAUACAGAAACAUUCACAGAUCCACCAUUACAAACACAUAUGCACUGCUACACACAAACACAUUUCCACACAUAUAUACAAAAAGAUACAUACUGUCACACACACACAAACAUACACCUAAAUACACAAACAGAUAUACUCUGCCACUGAAUCAAACUCGGAUACAUAAAUUCACACUGUCAUACACAUAUAAGGACAAGCAGACAUACACAGAUUAGUCACUCUCCUCUUUGCCUACCUUUGUGCUGGAGAAAGUUGACUUCUCUGUGGGCAGAGAGAUGUUACAGGCUGUGCACCAGGCCUUUCCCCUACCUCCUGUGCGGGUACCUUCUCACGCGGGUGGAAGAGAGAUGACAUUAACUCCUCCCAGUGCUGCAGUGCAAGAAGGGAAUGGCCUGUGCCCUGGUGUUCUUCCAACUAGUUCCGUACACAGGCAGAGCCACGCACUGAGCUCUGUUGAUCUCCCUGUCGCAUGGACCUCACACACAGAGCCGGGCCCCUGUUUUAGCACAGGUUCUAGGCAGCAGCCUGUGCUGCUUUAUGGGUGUAAUGAUUCUCCUGUACUCAGGGUGUGUAGCUCCGUUAGGUCAGCUUCCUCGCUGCUACCAUGGGACUCUGGAGCGCUUCAGACCCAGUUGCCAAAGAUAGCUAUGAGUCUCUGGGGACCUUUUCCACUUGAAAAGGUUUCAGUGGUUAUAGCUCUUUUCCUCUUGAUGCCUUCUCUCCUGUACAGCAGCAGUGAUUAUAACCUUUUUUACGCACACAUUAGUCGAGACUGAAUGUAGGGGUAGAAGUAACUCACUUUAUUGAACACAUAGCACUCUAUAGUUCAAAGAGUACAAAACAAUUGUCCUGUAUCUCACAUGCAAAGAGAACUUACCAACGUGUCGGUACUGGUUUGCCAUUAUGGGUGGGAUGAGUCGGAUAUGUAAAUGGUAUACAUACUCUUUGUAAUGGCACAAGUGAGCAAAAAAUUUUUUUAGACAUGAGCAGGGACUAACUGAAGGGUUAGCUUCCUUUAAGCUUUUGCCCGUUCUCAGAGCUCUCAUACACUUUUUUGUUAGAAUACAUUUGCUUAGUCUCUCCCUAAACUAAAAGGGUAAUCCAAGCGUGGUUCCUAUGUGUAAAGGAAUAUUAGCUACACAUCACUGAUGAGAGAAAUCAAAGGGAAGAGUCAGCGCUAGGCUGCCACAGAAAAUAAAUAUUAUAUACAGUACACGGCUGCACACCUCAAGGAAAAAGGGGAGUCCCCUCUAAUCCCCUAACAAUAGAUAAAACACAAAAUAACACAAAGCAGAAAAAGGGUGCGCCUCAGAACAAAUGGUAGAAAUAAUAAUAAUAGUCCAAAUGACUUAUCAUAAAUCCAGAACGAUGCAAUCCACGCUUAUAGGGAGGACUCUUGAAAUACAAUAGGAUGGAAAAGGUCUUCACGGGUAUGUACUUGAAAUUCAGUGAAGCAUAUGGCGAGAGAGAACACAAAAACAGGACUCCAAUGGUACAGUAUGUAGGCAGAUUAAGAUAAUAAAAUAGUGGUAAUCAUUACUACUCACAAUCUACAGAGCUAAUAUCCAGCUCUGGUUUUGGGUGCGUGAAGUGGAAUGAUCCCCACUCAAGGAUAUGUGAAGUGGUGCUGGUUAACAGGUGUAUAGGAUAAUUCAGUAGUCCAAUAUUGGUGCGAUCUACAUAUAAGUAAUAUUCUUCUCAGAAGUGCACGAUCGGGCUACAUUUAACUGACUCUCACUAGUGUCUGCUCCAAUCACUUCCUGGAAAUGAGCAGCAAGUUUCUGGGUGGAAUUUCCUGUCCCGCAGCCAACGUCCACUGCUAAUUUAAAUGGCUUUCCCGUAAUGUCCAAAUGAAGAUAUCUUACAGACCGCUUCCAGCAACCUAUCUGUGAGAAAUAUAUCUAGUCAGUUAAAUGUAGAGUCAGUUAAAUGUAGCCCAUCAGUUACAUCACUGAUGAGGCCCAAAGAAGGCCAAAAUGAUUGACCUUGGCUGCUGUAUCACUUAUACAGAGAGAACUUGCUGACUGCCUGGGCUGCCUUUAUGGGUAGAAUCAAUCUGAUAUGCAAAUUGUAUAGGUUCUCUUCGUAAUGGCACAAGUGAGCAAAAGCACUGUUUAGACCUUAGCGGGGACUAACUGAAGAGCAAACUACUGAGACCAUUCUCAGAGUUCUCAUACACUGUUAAUUUAAUUAUAAAAUAGCCUUUUUGAUAAAAUAUCUACAGAAUUUCAUAACACAACAUUUUUGGGUAGAUAAUUUCACAUCUUUAUGGAUCUUAAUGUAAAGAACCCUUUCCUCUUCUGUAAUGAAAACACCUUUGUUCCAGUGUAAAUGGGUUGCAACUUGUCUUUUAGUUUAGCACAUAGUGGCUUGUGCUGACCAACAUACAUUUGUAUAUUGCUAUCAUGACCCUUCUGAGACGUCUUUUUUUCUAGAGAAAACAAAUGUGUUUUUUUUCUAGCCUUUCUUUAUAAAUAAUGGUUUUCACCCCCUUAUUAAUUUUGUAGAUCACACUUUUUGUAAUCCAGCAAUAUCUUUAAUACUGGUUCCCAAGGGGGCGGGGCCAAGCCACCACGCUGAGCAGUUGCACCGGGAGCAAGCUCCGAGGGAAAGCCAAAAAAAUUAUAAUUUACCGACUCCUUAUCGAGUAAACUUGAUUUACCAGUAAAGGCUACAAUCCGCAAUUACCAGGGAUACAAACAGAGACAUCCCACAUUCCGAUCGGUACUCUAAGCUGGGAACUCCACUGGGGCCUUCUUGUGGAUGCAUCUAGGAGGAAAUUGAAAAUCUUCCCGCCAAAUGUUCUACAGGGAGGCAUAGGGGGCGGUAGAGGUGCCCAUUUGCCCCCCCCCCCCCUUGCCGGUGAGGGUCAUCCCGGCACCUGCUUACUGGCCUUUGAUUCUCCCUUCGGGUUAUACUGGGACCCUGCUAGUGUCCUGACACACUAAGGCCUACCUUGUAACCUGACUAAAGAUGGCAGACACACUUCGGAUCAGCUUCGGACACAAGCAAUUGGCUGGAGAAUACCCUGAGGCGGCUGGAUGAGACCAUUGUGGUGCUUGAAGUUCCCUGGCAUCCCCACUGUAAUGAGUAAACCUGUUUUUGAUUGAUUUGACUUUUUACCUGGGGUCCCUGCUGUAAGGAAUGGGCACGUUCUUUAGAAAAAUAUGUCUACACCUAACAAAAGGCACAAUAGGAGCAACGGAAAGACAUAUUACCCGCCUGCCCGACCGGCCACCCACCCAGGAGCCCAGCAGCACCACUGGACCCCAGGGAAUCCCCCCAGCACUCCAAAAGGUAAGGAGGCUGGGGGGGAUUAAAUAAAAAAAAAAACAUGUGUUAGUGUUUGAGUGUGUGUGAGUGUUAGUGUGUGUGUGUGUGUGUGUGAGUGAGAGUGUUAGUGUUAGUGUGAGGGUUAGAGUGAGUGUUAGUGUGUCAGUGUUAGUGUGAGUGUUAGUGUGUGUGUGUUAGUGUGUGUGUGUUAGUGUGUGUGUCUGCUAGUGAGUGUUAGUGUGAGUGUUAGAGUGAGUGUUAGUGUGUGUCUGCUAGUUAGUGUGAAUGUUAGUGUGUGUGUCUGCUAGUGAGUGUGAGUGUUAGUGUGUGUGAGUGUUAGAGUGAGUGUUAGUGUGUGUCUGCUAGUUAGUGUGAGUGUUAGUGUGUGUGUCUGCUAGUGAGUGUGAGUGUUAGUGUGUGUGAGUGUUAGAGUGAGUGUUAGUGUGUGUGUCUGCUAGUGAGUGUCAGUGAGUGUGUUACUGUGUGUGUCUUACUGAGUGUGUGUGUAGUGAGUCUGUUUGAUGUCUGUUAGUGAGUGUGUGUUUGUCAAUGAGAGUGUAUGUUUUGUAAGUGAGUGUGUAUGUAUGUCUGUCGCUGAGUGUGUCUCUGUUAGCUAGUGUGUAUGCGUCUGUAAGUGAGAGUGUGUGUGUGUCUUCAGCACUUACCUUUCUCCAGCGCCGGACUCCCUUGGCGCUGGGGAUCCCUCAGCCUCUCAGCUCCGAAUGCGACCGCGCACGCAUUCAAACCGCCCAUAGGAAAGCAUUACUCAAUGCUUUCCUAUGGACGUUCAGUGUGCUCCUCUAGCGGCUGUCAGUGAGACAGCCACUAGAGGCUGGAUUAACCCUCAGUGAAACAUAGCAGUUUCUCUGAAACUGCUAUGUUUUCAGCUGCAGGGUUAAAACUAGAGGGACGUGACACCCAGACAACUUCAUUGAGCUGAUGUGAUCUGGGUGUCUGUAGUGGUCCUUUAAAGGACCACUAUAGUGCCAGGAAAACAUACUCGUUUUCCUGGCACCUAUAGUGCCCUGAGGGUGCCCCCCCCCACCCUCUGGAAAGGGGAAAAAGGGGUAAAACUUACCUUUUUCCAGCGCUGGGCGGAGAGCUCUCCUCCUCCGAUCCUCCUCUUCUCCUCCCCGUCGGUUGUGCGCACGCGCGGCAAGAGCUGCGCGCGCAUUCAGCCGUCACAUAGGAAAGCAUUCAUAAUGCUUUCCUAUGGACGCUGGCGUGCUCUCACUGUGAAAAUCACAGUGAGAAGCACGCAAGCGCCUCUAGCGGCUGUCAAUGAGACAGCCGCUAGAGGAAAUAGGGGAAGGCUUAACCCAUUCAGAAACACAGCAGUUUCUCUGAAACUGCUAUGUUUAUGAAAAAAUGGGUUAACCCUAGCUGGACCUGGCACCCAGACCACUUCAUUAAGCUGAAGUGGUCUGGGUGCCUAGAGUGGUCCUUUAAGUGUGUGUGCAUCUGCAUGCACUGGCGUACAUACCGCGGUCGCAGGGGUCGCAGCCCUGUAACCUCUGCGACCAGGUGCCCACCGUCAUGUGUUGCCGCCCGGCCCGCGCGCGCGGGAGGGGGGGGGGGCACGGAUCAAUUUUUUCGCACCGGGGCCCCAUGGGUCAUGUGUACGCCACUGGCACAACUAAUAUACUAACUGUAGGUCAGAAAACUAACAGAGUCAAACGAACCGGGCUCAGAAACCCAACUACCAAAAUCAGUCAAAACUAGCCAGGUCAGGCAAUUAGAAAAACAAAAAUUAAGGCUAGGGACAAAGCCAGGUCAAAACCAGAAAAAAAAAACAUAGAAACUAACACACUUACAGGCCUAGAACAAUGAAAUCAAGCUAAAUUCCUAAAAUUAAAACAGGCUCUGAUUUCAUAACCGUGUAUCAGUUGUGCAUGCACACUUGAAUAAAAAAUUGAUGCCACAUCAAGGAUGCCAAUAGUAUGAAAAGCAAAUGUUGCAACCUGAAUCAGUACUGACAAGUUUUAGAAUGAUGUGGAUGAAAACAGAAACACCAACGGUGCUACCAAAAUAAUGCGAGUGAUGCAAAAUGUACGCAGGAAUGUCAUUCAUGGUCCAAUGUUUAAGUGCGCAACUGAUGCAAGGGAAUCAUUUCUGGUAGGAAUUCUUACACCUGGAUUGGAGAGCUUAACUCUCGAGAGCUAAUGGAAACUCCAUUUCUUCGACCAUAGUAGUGGAGAUGGAAAACAUACCCAGUGGACCUCAGCUAAGAAGUAUUGUUCUAUACAGCAAGUGUAGUCUAGAAGUACUGAAGCUUGUAAGUUUAUAUGUAAUGGUUGGUCUCACUUUGAAGGUUUGCCUCAUGUGGCAGGGGAGCUUACAAUUUGGUGGGCAAUAAAUGUGCAUGGGAUUUAGGAUAGUACUCAGGUACCUUUUUUUUUUAUGCUUUUGUUUAUAUGUAUGCAUUAGACAAUGCUAUACACAGAUAUUAUAAUAUAUGAAAGUAUUAUUUCAGUUAUCAUAAAAAAAAUGAAUAUUUGCCCUUUUUCAGUCUCUGUCCCUGUAGUUUGUAGUCAUAAGCAGCUGCCUUGCUUAUCUUUUUGGAUAGAACUGACUCUUCGUGGGCAUUAAAAGUUUAACAUUACAUGUCAGGAUUCCAGGUCUAAACCAGGAUUCAUGAUUCCAGGUUUAAAUUAAAUUGACAAUAUUAUUAUUAUUAUUACUAUUGCCAUUUAUAUAGCACCAACUUAGCACCAACUUAUUCUGCAUCACUUUACUUUAUUAUAAAAGGGAGGAAUUUAACAAUAAAUUAGACCAUUACAAAAUAUUACAGGAACAAUAUGUUGAUGAGAACUCUGCUCAAAAUAGCUUACAAUUUAGAGAUACAUUUCAUCUGCUAUUAUAAGCAUUUUAUUGAGUUUAUAGUAUGCUUAGCCAUGUAGAACAUAUGAUCUUUCUGUAACUUUAACACAUAAUGUUAGUUCCACAAAUAGUUUAAAUUAUUAUAACUAGUAAUAUUUUUUUAAGACAUUGCAACAACAGCGGGGUUUACGGCACUCCAUAGACUGUAAAUAACAAUUCUAGUUUGUGGUCUCUAGGUGGUAAUUCACCUAAGAGAUUAUUAGUGCAUUUUCUACAGUUGAUCAAAAUGUUAUGAUUUCAACACACUCUAAAAUGUUUUCACCAUUUUUAAUUAAUUUCACAGCUCCCAAUUAUGUAUCCUUAAUCAAAACCAGACAACCUCUUGAGAGAGCUGUGUUUUAGUGCCAUUAAACUAAGCCUAAAGCCUCAGGGACUGCUUAGGAACAUGUUACAGUACACAUGGAAAAUAAGAACGAACAUGUCUCUGUAGACUUAGUUUCAAAUGCCCUAUUAAAAAUUAAGCAUUACCAGUGGAAUACAUACAAAAUUAGCAUUAACACAUAGUAUUGAAGCUGAUAUGUAAUUUCAAAGUUUGUUUUCACAUAGUUGUCAAUAUUUGGAACAAACAAGGACACCUAAUUAGCUGGUUCCUGGAAAGCUGACCAUGUACUUUGACUCUUUGACUCUAGAUAGCUACAAUAAUUUAUCAGUGCUAUUCCUUAAUAUAUCCCAACAUAUCCCAAAUGAGCUAGAUGUCAUCACCAAAUCCCUACCACCUUCCCAUAAUACAUACAAGACUGACAGGGCUAUUUACUAAAGUGAGAAUUCAAAGUGAAUUUCAAAUGUAAGGCCGUAGUAGCCCAACUAACUAUUUCCAGCUCAGCUAUUUUCACCUUAAAUUUGAAAUUCACUUUGAGUUCACUUUAAAUUCUAACUGUAGUAAACAAAUACUGUAAACAAUGGGGAGAUGUAAUCCCUCUGCUGCCUGAAAAAAGUUAGUUAAAACACAGUUUCAAAUUAAAUAAUAUAUACUUAGAUCAUCACGGGUGGCUCCUUUCCUAUGGAAUACCCUGCCUACCGCCAUCAGACUCUCCCCUAGUCUUCAAUCAUUUAAGAAGAGCCUUAAAACCCAUCUCUUCAGGAAAGCUUAUGGCCUCCCAUAGUAACCUCUACCUUACAUACCUGUCUCUUGCUCUCUCCUAUAGGGCAGCACUCUACUCCCUCCUCCAGCUCUGCUUCACUCCCACCCUAUUUGAUAUUUCCUGUCCUAACGUGUCUUAUACCCCACCUCCUAUAGACUGUAAGCUCGUUUGAGCAGAGUCCACUUCAACCUAUCGUUCCUGUAAGUUUUCUUGUAAUUGUCCUAUUUAUAGUUAAAUCCCCCCUCUCAUAAUAUUGUAAAGCGCUACGGAAUCUGUUGGCGCUAUAUAAAUGGCAAUAAUAAUAAUAAUAAUAAUAAUAAUAAUAUAUAUACACAUAUACACACACAUACACUGUCUAAGUGUAUUUUAAUAUUAAUAUAUAUAUAUAUAAUUAUAUAUAUAUAAAUAUCAAAAUAUACAUAUAAUGAUAUUAAAUAUAUAUAAUAUAAAAUAAAUAUAUAACUACGUUAAAAAUGGAAAAAAAAAUGAAAAACGUGUAAUUUUUUUCUAACUGUAUUUUGAUAUUAAUAUAUAUAGAUAGAUAUCAAAAUACACUUAGAAUGAAAUACAAUAUCUAUCUAUUUACAUAGAUAUAUAUGUAUAUAUCACUAUUUAUACCUAUAUGUAAUUAUAAAUUAUUUUAAAAAAUUAUAUAUAUACAUACGUGUAUAUAUAUAUUUUUUUUUCAUUUUUUUAUUCUACGUAUAUGUUUAUGUAAUAUUUUUACCUAAUUAUGCCAUUUUAUUAAUUAUUUUUUGUGGAACCUGCUUGAUAACCCAGGCAGAAAGUCCAGAGAAUUUAAUUUGCUUGCACUAUAUUUAACCUUGUAACUUUCCAAGACACCAUAAAACCUGUACAUGGGGGGUACUGUUUUACUCGGGAGACUUCGCUGAACACAAAUAUUAGUGUUUCAAAACCGUAAAAUGUAUUUUUCACACACAAACGGCACUUACACUGAUGAUAUAAUUGUUGUGAUACGUUAUACGGUUUUGGAUUCAGGUAAGCAGCUGAAGGGGUUCUAUCCCCUUCAGCGACAUAGGAUGGGGGGCGGGAGGUAGGGGGACACUCCAGGAUUCUCUUGUGCCAGGAAUAUGGGUUUGUUUUGCUGGCACUGGAGAAUCACUUUAAGUCUUAAUACAAACCCUCAAUCCAAAAACAGAAGAACACCCUACAUAAUUAGAAAUGCAGGGGAAAAAACCCCCAGAGAACACGGGGGUUGGUGGGACCUUUGCCUCCUGUCUUUAAUAAUAUUUUGAUUAUUUCUUCAUCAAGGCUAGAAUAUUCCACAAUUUCACAGCAAGACUAUAUUCAUAUUUACAUUUUGAACACCCUGGGAACAAGACAAAGUAACAUGAGAUCAAGAACGGAAAUAAAACAUCCAAAAUGACCAAACCGCCUCAGCCAAAACCUCAGAGUGAGCACCACAAGCUCCUUCUACACCCACGAGGUGAUGGACCCACAAGAUCCACUGUUCUAUACUAGGACCUGAGGCAGGUAUAAAGGUUGAGAUCAAAAGCUUGCCGCGAAUGAGACUAAGUCACUGAGACAUGACAUUGGAGGCAACAGAUAAGGAUACAAGUAGGGCACUUCAAAAAACAAUCAAUGCUUUGAAGGGUGGAAUAGGUGUUACCCCAACACCCUGAUAUAGAUAAUGAAUGACAACACCAGCAACAAAGUGUAAAAACACAAAGUGAGAGUGGACCCUUCAAACAAGAUACAGAUGUAAAAUAAGUAGAUACUUAUACAUAUGUAUGGAUGGCAGGAAAGUCUUCACAAUGCCUACAAAACAAUAACACAGAACAUAGUGUAUACUGUAUAAACAAAAGUGAGUAUAAGCUAAUAAAUGGUUGCUUGUUUGAGAAAGUCCCAAGAGGCGAGAUGAAACGCGUCACGUGACCUGGUGAUCAGGAUACAAGGAAGUGAACUGAAUAUACACACCAGCCAGCAGGACCGGCCCCAGAAGGAGAGAGAUUACACUGAACUGUUAUCAAACUCUGCAUGGUGUGGUGAGCUGCAGCUGGACUGUGCUUUUUACUAUUUGACUAUCAGUUGUUUUUAUUUUUAAUAAAUGUUUUUUGCCUGACACUGGAGUCACAGGAGCAUUUAUCAGAUCCCACGUACCCAAGGGGCUCAUCCUCCCUGGGCGAGAUAGCUUAGAGUGGGGCUCAUACCACUCUACAUUUGUGAGUUGCACUUUUAAAGAGACAGUUUAUCUUAGUUUAAAUUUUAAUAAUUUUAAUAAUUGUAUUGCACUAGGAGUACUUUCUCUGUCUCCCCCAGUACUUUUGUCUCCUUAAUUACAGAUAUCAAUUGUACAGUAUAACAGGCUAUAAGUAUACACACAUAUACACCUGGGCUUGUAGACUGUAUCACGCUUGCACUAUAUCAUCUGUUUUUAAAUACUUCUCAACACUUGAGGGGUUCUAUACAUAUGUAUGCGCACCAGCACUUUUCUGUUUUGCAAUAAAUGGUUCAACUCACGAAUUUCAGAGCCGUGCCAGGCUCUGUAUAGUAAGCCCAAAGGUGCCUAUACAGGCUAAAAGCAAGUAUCCAUGGACCACUGGUAUCAGAUGGAUCACGGGAGAGCAGAUGAAGUAGCAGCAGCAGGUAAAGGUAUCAAAAAAUAUUUUAUUAAAGGUAAAACAAAAUAAGAGUACAAACAAAUAAAAAUAGUACAUUUAUAUCAUUACACUUCAAGAUGGUAUUGGUGCAAUAUGGGUGUGAUUUAAAGGUAUAUGGUUCUUAUCAAUGGGAAUUUGGUCAACAUUACCAUCAGGUUCACAAAAUUGGAGUGGUACAUAAUCUGACAAAUACCUAAUGUCAUCUAUAUGUAGAAAACAUAAUUCUCGCAAGAAACAACAGUAUUCAAAUAAUACAAUAAAAAAACAGAACAGGAAUGUUAUGUCAACAAGACUAUGGGGAGGAAAAGACACAAAGCAAGAUAGAGUAACAAAGGAAAAUCAAUGAUAAAGUUUCAGAAAAGAAGCUUCAAAAAAUAUAAUAGAAAUGAGGAAAAAAGGAGGAAAAUGAGAAACUUCUAUGUUUCACUGAGGGUUAGUUAAGCCUCUAGUGGCUGUCUCACUGACAGCCGCUAGAGGUGCAUCCGUAAUUCUCACAGUGAAAAUCAGUGAGAAGACGCUGGACGUCCAUAGGAAAGCAUUGAGUAAUGCUUUCCUAUGGGCGUUUUGAAUGUGUGCGCGGUUCCUGCAUGCGCAUUCGGAUGUAACGUCAGCAGGGGGAGGAGAGGUCAUCAGUGCCGAGGGAGCCCGGCGCUGGAGAAAGAUAAGUGGCUGAAGGGGUUUUAACCCCUUCAGCCAAGCGGGAGGGGGACCCUGAGGGUGGGGGGACCUAAUGUUUUCCUGGCACUAUAAUGGCCCUUUGAACAUCUUGACUACCUACUCCGGGAAGACACCAGGGCACUCAUGGCAUGACUACUACAGCUAGAUGUAGUGGUGUGGUGAUAUGAUUGUUCCUUUAAUAAAUAUUCACUUUAUAUAAAAAAAUAAGGGAGAAGAUUCCUGUGUGGACAGACACCCUAAUGACAUGUGCUGCACAUGCCUAUGGAUAUUGGUAUUUUAAAAUCAAAGUUCAUUCAUACUUCUAUGCUUAUGUAUUGUCAUACCAAUUUAUACCAAGUUGUGAUCAUUUUCAUUGGCUGAGAAUGUCAUCGGAUAGCUCUUAGUCAAUGAAUAAUACCUAUUAUGCUAUGAGGUAAUACGAUAAUGCAAAUGUAUGAACUUUCGCUUUACCAUAACAGUACAGACAAGAUGGACAGAGACAGGUAAGUGUAAAACUAUCCUUAAACAUUUCUACAUUUUGUCAGCCCAUACCAAGGGGCAUCCUUGCAUGACAGCCAUUUCUGCAUGCUGUAGUGGUUAUGGUGAUUAGAGUCAGGGACGGAACUACAGCACGUGCAGCCAGUGAAAUGGUAUUGGGGCCCAAAAGGGUUUAGGGGAGGCAGUGCAGUGAGGGCCCCAGCAGAGCUGAAUACAUACCCAGCACAGGUCCCCAUGGAAAUAGGAAUGAGAGGAUUCUAAGCUAGUUGCUGUCUCCAUCUAGCUCCACCCUUUCUCACUCCAGAAUGCAGGCUGCCUUCCUUGAGGAAUGAUGGUAGAUGAAGAGUGCAUUGGGAUUCUACCGAUAGAAUCCCAACGCCCAUUUAUUACAAUUGCUCAUGACCUGAUCUCCAUAGUAGAGGUGACUGAUGUACCUUUUUGUUGUUUCAAUCUAUUCUUUCAAUAAGCACACUUACUGGUUUUAAGAAAAGCAUUAUGUGCAUACCAAACACUCCUGUAAAUAUGGUUUCAACGCAUUAGUUUCUAGUAAAUCCAGAGUGAGCUAAUGCAGAAAAUUCCAUUGAACUAAAUAAAAGAUCAGAUUUAAUUUGCUUUGCUGGCAAAUUUCUCUAAAAGUGAAGUCAUUACUUCAAACACUUAGUAGGCUUAGACGUAAUCAUUUACCACGCAUAAGAUUAGAUGAAAUCCAAGGGGCUAGGAAACUAGAAAAAGUCUUGUAAGGACUUCUUUUAGAGAUGGGCAAGCUAGACAGCUAUUCAGAUCGAAGCACUUCUUACUGUAGCUAAUUCUUUGGCCCUGAGUAAAUAUAUUAUCUUUUGGGGUUAUUUAUUAAAGCAGCAGUAGACAGCCUUCGGCACUCAAGAUGUUAUGGAUAACAUUUCCCCAGAUACUUUGCCAGCAUUAUGGUUGUAAGAGCAUUAUGGGACAUGUAGUCCAUAACAUUUGGAGUGCUGAAGGUUGCCUACCGCUGUACUAAAGUGAGAAUUCAAAUUUAAGGUCAAAAUAAUCAAUCUGUAAAAAAGUGAUUCAACUACCACAUUGUAAAAAAAUAAAUAAAAUGGCAUGACAUGAGCCUCUCUAAUAAGAUGUUUAUCUCGAGAGAAAUAAACUUUGCUCACAAUCUACAUGGGUGUAUAGAAGCUAAAGAAAAACCUUGGGGAAACUGUUCCCAGAUGACCAGAAUCUUGCUAUAUCUACAUUCUAUCUCAGAGCUGACCUUGCUAAUAUUACAAUAACGAAAAUAACCCAUCAGGUAUGUGUUACCCCAGCUCCUCAAAUUUUGAUCUCAGAUACCAAUCUUAGCACAGGUUGUUUUCUUACCGUGGCUAGUAUUUUUUAUGCCAUAUUUAAAUAAUUUAGUAUAUUUUGUGCCUUUGAGACAAUUCUUAUUUCCUCAUUUCUUAUUUUACACGAACUAUUUUAGCUAUUUAUUACAAUGCUUGCUGUGGAUGUACAGAAACAACUUACACUUACAACUUACAGCUAAAUAAAUAAAAUUAUUAUAUAUUAAUAAUAGAAAUGUAAAAAUAUUUAUGUUCAUUCAUCUUAUAUUUCGAGUUGCGCCACAUUUAAAUAUGUAUUCUGCAUUGAAGAGAAAUGAAUGAACAAAUUAUUUUAAGGUAUUACACUGAUAUUGUUCAUUUAGCAAUGCUUAAAAGAAUCAGGUUGCAUUUUUAUUGCCCUGCAUUGUGACAAAGUUGAUACAAAAAGUCACAUUUUGGUAUAGAUCCAGACUAUAGUUUCCUAAAUUUCAUAAUUUACAAAGUAUUUAUUUUAUUAAGCUGAGCCACAUUUGUGUAUGUCAUAUAUACAAAGGUACUGUUAUGUUAUCAAACAGGUAAUAUUCCAAUUAGACAAUCCUGAUUUAUAAAUUAUGUAACCAUUUUAAAAAAUUUUUUUUUACUAAUUAAAUCAACUAUUAUUUAAGCCACAUUAUAUUCAAUUUCUGUGAACUAAUACAAAAUUAAACAAUAAAUUAGUAUUUUAGAGUUAUAGAACAAUUGUAUACAAAACCCUAACUGACAUUAAUUAAUAUGAGCAAUAGAACUCUCAAAUGAAAAAUUAUGAUGAACAAUAUUUAAACAUCAUCUAAACCAGAAAAGGAUUUUUUUAAAUUUAUUUUUUUAAAACUACUGAUUAUUAAUAUGGGUUGUUUAACUAAUUAAACGUUUAAUUUUCAAAAAAAAAAAUUGGGAAUAUUAUUGACAAUUAUUGUCAUCAGUCAUUGAAAUUAACAAGAAGCAUAGUAUAAAACCCUUGGGAUAUACUUUUGAAAUUUCCAUGAUUAAUUGGUUUUCAGUGUUAAUUUAGUUCAAUUAUGUUAUAAAGCAGUUCUAUUUUUUAAAUAAGCAAUUCUUGGAAUGGUGACUUGAUUUAUUAACAGUUAGUAAUUGUUACUUUAUGUUAUUUCACAUACUAAUGUAUGAUUGAUGAUAUACAAUUUAAAGGACAACUUUCGCCUCAAAACAAACUAUUGCAAUAUAAUAAUCCUUUCAUCAAGUUUCAAAACCAAGUUAGUCUCUAUAUUAUCUAAGACCACAUAGACUGUCAGUUUUCACACACUGUCUGACUCAAAGAUCCUGUUAUAUUUUUUUUUACAUGUAUUUCUUUUAAAUCUAUUUCCUUUCAAAAUGUGAUGAAAGUCUUAUACUAAAAAUAUAGUUUUGAGGUGACAAUUAUCAUUUAAGUAUCUACUAACUUACUGCAUUAUUAUCUUUCUAUUUUUGUAUAUUAUGUAUGUACUAUCAAAAUCCAUAAGACCUUUGUAGUAAUUUACAAAUUAAAAUAUAGCAUUACCUGUUUUAUAAACAUAUCAGUACUUUAUUUCCCGUUAGGAUAUAUAAAAUACAUUUAGGACCAGAGUAAAAUAGGCCUUGAUAAGACCAAACAGCAAACAGUGGAUAAACAUUUUUCCACUUACCAAUGCAUUAUUAUGCUUGACCAAUGUGAAUCUUGUAAACAAAUUUAAAUAGGCCUAUGUGCAGCAAUGUUUCUAUAUGAGAAUCAAUAACAGCACUUCAGUGCUCUAUUUCGGUCUCUCUAACAGUCGUUAGGUGUGUUCUCUGACAUUUAAGAAUUGCUGUUCUUUGUUUGAUACAGAGCGCUUUAGUUUAAAGGACCACUAUAGGCACCCAGACCACUUCAGCUUAAUGAAGUGGUCUGGGUGCCAGGUCCAUCUAGGGUUAACCCUGCCUGCUGUAAACAUAGCAGUUUCUGAGAAACUGCUAUGUUUACAAAUGGGUUAAUCCAGCCUCUAGUGGCUGUCUCACUGACAGCCGCUAGAGGUGCUUCCGCGCUUCUCACUGUGAUUUUCACAGUGAGAAGACGCCAGCGUCCAUAGGAAAGCAUUGAGAAUGCUUUCCUAUGGACUGGCUGAAUGCGCACGUGGCUCUUGCCGUGCAUGCACAUUCAGGCAAUGACGUCAGAAGAGGGAGGAGAGUCCACAGCGCCGAGGGAGCCCGGCGCUGGAAAAAAGGUAAGAGAUUAACCCCUUCCUCACUCUAGAGCCCGGCGGGAGGGGGCCCAGAGGGUGAGGGGGACCCAAGGACCCUAUAGAGCCAGGAAAACGAGUAUGUUUUCCUGGCACUAUAGUGGUCCUUUAAUAUUGGACAUUAAUUUUGAAAAAAAUGUACUUUAUGUUGUAUAAAUAUCCCCACUAUUCACACACAAUUCAUUAAAGUUUUUGUUAUGAACAGCAAUGCGUCACAUAUGCAAUAGUAUAACUUUUGACUGUACAAAAAUAUACAUACAUAUAUUUUUCCUAUGCACACUGUAUUUUAUUUAUGGUUAUUAAAAUUAUAAACUUCAGCAGUUAAUUUCAGCACUGAAUAUUUCUUGAAAAGCAACAUUAGUUAAUGCCUUAUAAUGAACUCCUGAUUUUGUCUCCUAUAUGACAAUGGUGUACUUUUAGCAUAUCAUAUUUUCUACUGGUAGUCCUAAGCCUAGGAUUACAGUUAAAGGGACAUACAAGAACUAUAACCACUACAGCACACUGGAGCUCUAUAGAGGCAAAUUUCCCAGCAUCCAGACAAUCUUUUUAGUUUGCCAUUAUGCUUCAAAAGCAGGGUCGAACUGGGACAAAAAUUCAGCCCAGGCAUUUAAAGGCAGAGCAGCCCUAGGAGGGGCUUGGCCCAAGAGGGUUCAUAUUAUGUCAUCACCAAUAACAUUCGUGCCUCUCCAAAGUGGGUAUAUUUGUUUAAUACCCCUCAGGGCAGUCCAUAUGUAGCGUGGGGUGAUAGGCAAUGUGUGUGUGAGAGGGAGACGAUAGGGGAUUUCGUGUGAGGGUGGAAUAAGAAAUCUAGUGUGUGGAAGGGGGAAAUGGGGCUGCAGGGUGUAAGAUGGGGAAAUGGGCUGCAUGAUGUGAGAAUGGGGCAUGGGGCUGCAGGGUGUGGGAAGGGGUACACAGGGCUCCAGUGUGUGGGAAGGGGGAUCUGACGAAAGCACCUUCGUCACUGGGAUUUGGAGAGGCCUGCUUGCCAGCCUCUUGCCCUGUGACUAUGGCCCCUGGGAUGUAUUGCCCUUUAAACACUAUAUUUGGGCAUACUGGAUUUUAACACACUGUUUCUGCCUCUUUAAAUUAUAUGGGAACAGCUUUGCACGUUUGAAGUUGCACUUUGGAUACAGCCGAAGUAGUCAAAGUGGCCGCCAUUCGACAUAAGAACAUGUGGCAGUGGCCAUUUUAAUUCAGUCUAACGCGUUCAGCGUUGUUUGGUCGUCGAGUUCAUGGAACUCAAAUAGGACACGCGAUGGCACGACCACCACUGAAACUUUACCUUCUCUGAACUUCAACGCUUCGACUGGAGUCGAACGCUGUUCGACAAUUCGAACGGCACUUUAACAUUGACAUUUGCACAAACGUUGACGUUCAUCUGUUUGAACUGCAGUUAACAUUGGAAAUAGACUGGCCGCACAGCCAAAUUCUCUGGAACUGUUUUGGGCAUGAAAUCAUGCGGACGGCGAAACCCCAAACCAAGCUGCGGCGGUUUGUGGGUUGGCGUUGGUUAUGGUGUCGAGUGCAGUGCUGAUGGUCCUUGGCGAGCACUAGGAGCAUCUUUCGACGGAGGCACCCAGUCGGGGUGGCAGGCGUUCCGUCAUAGGGGACAUGGGGCUGCAGGGUGUGGGAAGGGGGACAUGAGGCUGCAGGAUAUGGGAAGUGGACAUAGGGCUGCUUAGGGGACACAGGGGCUUUUGGGUGAGAGAUUCUCUCAUGGGGCUUCAGGGUGUAAGAGGGGAAAUGGGGCUGCUGGGUGUGAGGGUGUCAGGAUUACUGUUUGAUCCAGCACGUAGAACUGUACAGCACGGAUGACAAAUAAGUAACGUAUUACCGUUCCUUAGAAUGGCCGGGUUUAACGCACAAAGAAUAGUCAAAAAUACUAGCCGAGGUCAGGGAACACAGAAAGGGACACAGCGAUGAGGAAAGCCUGGAGUCAGGAUACCAGAAUAUAGAGAAGUCAAUAAACAAAGCCAAAGUCAAAAACCAGGUAGAAAACUAAACAGGAACGCGCUCUCGGACAACCACAAGGGAAACCACGACAGGGCACUGAGCAGGCUGAGAACUGGGCCUAAAUACCCCUCCUUUAGUUCUGAUAGGCUGUAACCGGCCUUUGACCCCAAAGUCAGUUACCAGGUUUCAUUUGCAUAAUUGCUGCUCAGCAUUAACCCUUCUGUGGAUUAGGUUGCUGCUCGGCACAACUUUUCCUGUGUGGACAGUAAAUGUCAUUAACCACUUUUCUAUAAGCGGAUGAAUACAUGACACCAGGUUUCAUUUGCACAAUUACUGCUCAGCAUUAACCCUUCUGUGGAUUAGGUUGCUGCUCGGCACAACUUUUCCUGUGUGGACAGUAAAUGUCAUUAACCACAUUUCUAUAAGCGGAUGAAUACGUGACAGAGGGAGAAAGGGGCUACAGGGUGCAAAAGGGGACAUGGGGUUUCUGUAUGAGAGAGGACAUGGGGCUCGGGUGAUAGGGGGGCAGGCAACUGCUGGGUGAAAGAGGAAAAAUGACUGCUGGGUGAGAGGGAAGCAGGCAAUUGCUGGGUGCGAGGGAGAAAAGGACUGCUUGGUGAGAGAGGGGACAAUGGAUUCUGGGUGAGAAUGGGGGACAUGGGGUGCUGGGUGAGAAGGGGAGAGAGGGGCUGCUGGGGGAGAGGGGGAACAUAGGGCUGCAGGGUGAGAAGGGGAGACUGGGUAUGAGAGGUGACAUGGGGAUACUGGGUAUGAGAGCUGCUGGGUGAGAUGGGGGACAUGGAGCUGCUGGAGGAGAGGGGAGACAGGGGCUGCUGGGGGAGAGACAGAGGAUGCUGAGGGGGAAACAGGGGCUGCUGGGUAAAAGGGGGAGAUGGGCUGCUGGGUUGGGGGGCAGAGGCUGCUGGGUGAGAGGGGGAGGCAGGGGUUCAGGGUAUGAGAAGGGACAUGGGGCUGCUUGGUGGGGGUACAGGGGCUGCUGGGUGAGAGGGGAGACAGGGGAUUCAGGGUAUGAGAGGGGAUAUGGGGCUGCUAGGUGGGGGGCUGGGGCUGCUGGGUGAGAGGGGGAGACAGGGCAUUCAGGGUAUGAGAGGGGGCAUGGGGCUGGUGGGUGAGAAGUGGGACAUGGGGCUGCUGGGUGAGAAGUGGGACAUGGGGCUGCUGGGAGAGAGGGGGAGACAGGGGAUGCUGCGUGGGGGCAGGGGCUGGUAGGCAGGGUUACAGAAGGAGAAUGCCAAUCCUAGAUCAUAUACUUGGGGUCAUGGCAAAAUAAAAUCUGUUUAAACAUAGAAACCAGGGCCAGCCCAUCCAUAGACCCAGCUGAAGCCACGGCUCCAGGCAACACUCUGACAGGAGCUGCAUCUUGCCGUCCCUGUCAUAAUCUAAAACAGGAUUACCCAAACCUUUGGCGGUGGUGCAGAAGCACCGCACAGGUUGGGAACCUGUGUGAGGGUCCAUCAGGUUCACCAAGCCCUUAGGGCCACCCAAUGGACAGUGCUUCAGUAACAAUUAUUUAAAAGAGCACUCUGUCCAAAUGGGCAACUCCCUCACCAAAUAUAAUCACUGUUUAGAAGAUAUGCCACCAAUGAAUUACAUGAAUGAAUUUUUCAUGCAUGUAUUCAUUGGGUGUAUAUCUUAAAGAAACUUGAAAAGAUUGUUUUGUUGGGCUAGAGGCGCUGAGUACUUAAAAGAGGUAUGUCUGGUGCAGCCACGGACGUCCGCUACUGCCCCGGACAUAGGGGCAUCAAACUCCAGGCUGCAAAAGCUCAAGCUACGCCACUGACUCAUGGGGUUUAUUUAUGCAAGCAGGAUAGAUCAGAAGCAUUCACUAACAUUAUGUGAGGGUUCUACUCAUGGGGUUAAUUUGCACAAGUAGGAUAGAUCAGAAGCAUUCACUAACAUGAGUAUGAAUUGCUACCACUGUGGAUCACAUUUGACUCUCCUGUGUGAUCCACAAUGGUGGCAAUUCAUACUCACGAAUACCCUCAGAAAUGAUGCACUGGCAAAAAGGGAAAAUUUGUGGGAAAAGAUACUUACAGUUAAUAGGACUCUAGAAGCAGUGAGGAAACCAGAUUAAGGGAAGACCAUGUGUGGCAAUUAUCUUGGGCCCAACCCAGCUCUUUUCCAUGUUACUUACCAGUGUUUAAUGGUGUUUUUUAUUUCUUGUGUCACCCUGAAGCUGCUAUUCUGCUAUCAGUAAAUUUGUUUUCUAUUUUCUUCAUUUUCAAAGUAUGCAGAAGAGUAAACAAAAAUUACAAACAUAAUUAUACUUAUGAGUGUGUGUGGCAAAUUAGCCUCUUUAAAAAUAUUUUUUAAGAGGGAGGAGAACAUAAGGAUAACAAGAAAAAAAUAAGUAGGAAAGAAAAAUGACUAGAUAGAAAAGGAGAAAGAGAAAGGGGGACAGAGAAAAAAGUGGAGCACCAGACAAUGGGUAUGGGGGGAGGUCAUUAAAAAAUAUGGAAUGAGUAUAUCUAAAAUGGAUUGGGAGGAAGUCUCUGGUUAGUGACAAAACCUUCAAGAGGGAUGGAUAGUUUUGAGAAUAUCAGGGAUCUGUUUCAUAACCCAUAUGCCCAGAUAUAGCUAAUACAUGCUUGAAUAUGUUCAUAAUUAGGAGGGAAAACUUUCUGAUCCUAGCAACUGUACAUAUUUUGGGAAUGAGUGUAUUGGCAUGUUUUUGGAGUUGCAGAGAAUUUUAAUUUCACUUGAGAAGGUCAAUCAAUAAGCCAAGGGCAAGACUUGGAUGAAGAAUAGAGCUCAGCAUCGGAAAUAAAAUAUUUUUUCUCUCAAUGUAAUAUUUUCUUUUUGUAACGACAAAACAUUUUUCAAAUUAACAGUUUCAUUUAAGUGGUAUAUUCUAUAUUAUUUUGCACUUUGGGGAUUUUUUUUGUAGUAUGUUGUGCAGCGCACAUGUUGGUUACUUGGUUUCAAUGAAGCCACAUUUAUAGCUAAGCUACAAGCGUUUAAGUGUGCUCUGUUUUUUUGGAGGGGAGUUUAAAUUAAAUUUUUCUUUAUAUAAAUCAGAUUUGUCUGCUAAUAUAUGGUUCACAUGUAAAGUGUUGUUUGCUUUGCAUUAUAGGAGAACUGUAAAUGGCAGGGUGGAAUAAUACACAUUUCAAGGAAUUUAUUCUUCUAGGACUCACUGAUAACCACAAACUAGAGAUUAUACUUUUUAUUAUAUUCCUUAUUUUUUAUAUUGUCACCUUUCUAGGUAACAUAGGCAUCAUAGUGGCCAUCAGAGCAGAUUCCCGACUCCAUACACCUAUGUAUUUUUUUCUCAACAACUUGUCGUUCUUAGAUCUUUGUUAUGCAACUAUCAUAACACCAAAAACACUGGAGAACUUCCUCUCAAAAACCAAGGCCAUCGGUUACAAUGAAUGUGCACUACAAAUGUUUUUUUUUGCUGCCUCUGUAACUACUGAAUGUUUCUUAUUAGGAAUAAUGGCCUACGAUCGCUACGUAGCAAUAUGUAACCCAUUGCUGUACUCUGUUGUUAUGAGUAACAAGGUCUGCAUCCAGCUUGUCGCAGGAGCUUAUACUCUUGGCUAUUUAAAUUCAACACUUCAUACCAUUUGUACCUUUCGACUACCUUUCUGUAAAACCAACAAGAUUAACCAUUUCUACUGCGAUGUGCCUCCACUCUUGAAGCUGUCUUGUGUAGCUACAACCAUGAAUGAAAUUCUGAUGUUUAUAUUUGGAGGAUUUGCUGAAACAAGCUCCCUUUCCACAAUUAUUGUUUCCUACAGCUACAUUAUAACCACUAUACUGAGGAUUCGCUCAUCAGAAGGAAGAAAAAAAGCUUUUUCUACAUGUGCAUCUCACUUAGUGGCGGUCACAAUAUUCUACAGCACUAUCCUUUUUAUGUACCUGAGACCUACCUCUACAUAUUCCAUGAGCCAGGAUCGAGUUGCUUCUGUAUUUUAUAGUGUUGUUAUUCCAAUGCUAAAUCCACUUAUCUAUAGUUUAAGGAACAAGGAGGUAGCACAAGCCUUGAAAAAAAUCAAAGAUAAAUAUUGUUGUAAAUAAUAAUGUCAUUUUUUUUUUUUAAUAUAGAAUACAUAUCUAUAUCACAGGAAAUAUGAUGUGAUGCCGAUACUAGUGGAUCUUUCCUGAUUGAUUAAAAAGUCUACUUAUGUGACAGUUCUUUAUGGUUUAUAAAUACAAUAGCUUAUGCUGCCUGUACAAAAGGAUACGUUUCAUCAAACUCAGAAAUAUCAUUUGAGUUGCAAAGUGGACUAGCUGGACUAGAGCUCACAAACCAAUCAUACAAAAAUAAUUAAAUUCAAUCAUUUUUUUCGCUAUCAAUAAUUUAGGCGUGAAAGAAUUUAUAUUUCAAUAAAUUUCACUAUUUUUUGAACUGGCCUUUUAAAAGAUUAUGGUGACGUGUGCAAUAAAGAUUAUAAUGCUAACAGACAAACUAUAAUUUAAACUGUGUUAUUGAGAGAGCAAGGAUAAAAAAAAAGGUUUUGGUAAAUUUCAAACUAACCUUUCUAUGUCAUAUGGAAGAAAAUGCCACUUUUUGCAACAGCCUACUUUGGUUAACAUGUGUUAUCGAAAUACUUGUUACUGGUAUAUCUGUGUAUUCCAUUGGUAAAUGAAUAGAAAAUGUUUGUAAUGUAGAAUAUUAGAAAUUUUAAAGCUGUAUUACUGGCAGUAUAGCUCCGUCUGCCUCCCCCUCCUUUGCGCACCACCCACUUAUCUUAUCCCAGCGCCGAUGUCCCUUGUUGCUGGCUCGCGGCUCCGCCUCCUUCUCUUCCCCACGAUGAGCAGGGGGCUAAUGCGAAUGUGCGGCAAAUGCCGUGCGCAUAUUAGAUCUCCCCAUAGGAAAGCAUUGAAUCAGUGCUUUCCUCUGCGGACAAAUCUGAUGCUGGAUGUCCUCAUGCAGAAAGUGAGGAUGUCCAGCAUCAGAUACCAGAGCAAAGGUCCAUUUGGAUGCAGGAAGCGACUCCAGUGGCUGUCUGGGAGACAACCAUUGGAGGCAGACUUAGUGCUGCAAUGUUUAACAUUGCAGCACUAAGUGCAAUAGGGACACUGUACCCAGACCACUUCAAUGAGCUGAAGUGGUCUGGGUGCCUAUAGUAUUCCUUUAAAAAUAUUAUGGUUAUAGCAAUCCAUAGUUAGAAAACAAAUCUCAUAGAAUUUACAAAAUGGAAAUUAAUCACUUAUAGGUGUGACAGCUUGUUACAUAAACCAGUUCAUUUUGUGGGUGGUACCAAGUCUGACUUUUGCAGUCAUUGUUCAACAUAGCUUCAGUUCAUAUUUCUAGCUGAAUCUUAAUGUGCAACUAAGAUUAAUGCAAACAAUCCACUUUAUUAUUUUCAGAGAGGCCAUGAUCUUAAAGGACUUUUUAAAAAAAAAAAUAUUUUGUUUUUUUGCAGUGCAUGAGAGAAUUACAGCAAGCCUGAGGUACCCCAACGGCAAUCCUCAGGUUUAUGGACACGUUUUACAUUUGGGUUGAACGGGGAAAGAUGCACAAUUUUAUAUUUGAAACAUUUGAAACAGCUAAUAACAUGGCUAGAUAAAGCAGAAAAUAUAUGUCUGCUAGCAAAUAUCGCCUUCCGGUUAUUCAAAACAACAUUUAAAAACACAGAGCAUGACAUACGCCAAAUGUAUAAGCACAAUUAGAUUGUGGUAUAACAUGCUGCCUUUAACUAGUGAAUACCACUGGUUACUGAGUAGAUUAAGUUUAUCGUGUAAGCAUAUUGUGCUAAUUUAAGUAAGCUAAGUCGAUGAAAUAAGAAAAAUAGUAUAACAUGCCCAAAGUGCACGAUUAUUAACUACAUGCAGGAAUCUACCAUUGAUCUUGAGCACCUUGCAGUUUUGAACAUUUAAACAUGAAACUGCUUUCUAAAGAUGCACAAUAUUAAGAAAGUCUAAUAAACAUGCUCAGGGGGUCCUAGGUCGCUAGGCCGUACAGGCUUGGGCACAUAUGUGGGUGCAGGUCAUCGGGUAGGGUAACUAGCAUUAGCAUUCCAUUAAUCAGGCUGUCCCCCAUGUAGAGCCUCUUCACCUAAUUCCUUGACUGGGCUUUGCUCGGGGUUGGUAGCGAGAUCCAUCCGGUCCAAGUGAGGUCCAAGUGUCGGGUAUGCCUCUGCUUCCAGCCCCGGUCGGUGAUACCUGUAGCGAGGUAGUGUGCAGAGGUGGCAGAACGUUGGGAGCAAGGUAAGUGCACCCUCCAGCCCCAGGCCAGUAUAAAGGCCGACAUCUGCCGCGGACCCGGUAACCUGGAUGGGCUGAGUCCCUCCCGGACGGGGAGCAGCAGGGGGUCCCGAUUGUUUGUCCUCGCCUGGAGCGGUGGGCCCUCCGUCGAUGUGGGCGAUGUCGCAGGGUCAAUCCCUUGGUGACCCUCAGCCUAGGUAAGCCAGUAGCAGGAACAGCUAGGCCAGAGGGAGUCUCCUGCACCUUCCGGCUCUCACCCCUCUGCAUUUUCACACAUGGUUGGGGCCACAGCAGUGUCACACAGUGCUCCAGAGCUUCCCAGAAGGGCUGAAAUUGCUCGUUGAGCCACUGUAAGAAUCGCUCCAUGGGGCCAUAAGGGGACAGUUCUGACUGCACAUGUGUAUCAUCUCGAGGGUGAGACGCCACCGCCAUUUUGAGUCAGUUCACUGUGCUCCAAGUGAUUUCGCAGCUAGGCCUGCAGAGUGUGACUAGGCCCCGGCGUGGGUUAAAAGGUAGGUGCCGUGAUGGCCUAUCAAGAUAGUCCAGUGGGGACCGGGAUGACCCCCGCCGCUCCAAGGGGGGGGUAGGAGUGAUCCAAGACAGUUCCGUUGCUAGUGAGCAGGGAGAUCGGCCGCCUCUCCCCAGCUCUGUUACAGCAGGCCGCAGCUGUGGAUCAGCGGCCCCCAGCGGGUAUUAGACUUUGUCAAACCUUCAGGCCACUUUGCCGGACCCCCCGUGAUAUAUUGAUGCCUGUCAGUGUGUUUAAUCCCAGGUUGGCUGGGGUUAAAGUCACAAAAUCAGCUUAAUUUGCAGGAGCUCAGGACCCACACCUCUGCUCUGCUUGAUGGCUAGCUCCACCCCCUUAAAGGACUUUUAUUUUUCUUUACCUUCCUUAUAUUAAAAUUAUUUGUGUUGAGUGAGCCUUUCAGGUUCCCCAUGCCUUGCUGCUUUAUUUGACCUGGAUAUCCUUUUUACUGAAUUAUUUCCACUUGUAAUUUGCAGCUCAUCUUGCUUUCAAUCUACCUUUCUCUUCACUUUUUCCUUCUCUUCGCUUCUUCAUUCUGAUACAAAAUAUUUUUCAGAAAAAAGGUAAUCAAAAGGUUUUUCCCCGCCCCCCAAAAAUAAAUAAAUAUAAACAUAAACCCGAUUGCACCAUAUACAAGUAAGACAUUAUCCAAUCAAAAGAAAUGGAAUUCGGUCAAGACAUCAUCACACAACAGUCUGACAGGGGUGAUAGAGUGGUGGUCAUCUAUCUUGAGAAAUCCUCCCACAAAUCCUUUGGUCAGUUGGAGAAUCCAAAUAGUUAUACCAAGUUUCCUGAAAUCCUUUGACUGCUGGAAGUAUAAAUGAUUUGAAAUAUACAUUUUCCUAUUAAAUCCAACCACAGGAUGGCCACAUUCUACCACCUGCCAAAGGUACAAAACUGCCAUCCUCUGAUGUAUUCUUGGUUGGUUUAGAGAGAAAAUGUAACAAUGGGUGUGCAUAUAUAUAUAUAUAUAUAUAUAUAUAUAUAUAUCCAAAUAGGUUAUGGUGGGGAAAAAGUGUGAUUGAAAACCCCUUCCACUUGAAGUCUGUGGAUAGUUAAUUCAAAACUAAUUUGCAUAUGCCUACCCAGAAUCCUUUGCGGUUGUAACAUCACUGCAGAUUUGGGAUUUCUGUGGGAAAAAGCAAGUCUUAUGGCUUGACUGGUGUGCAGAUUUUUGUUUAACAUUGUAUUAAAUAUAUAUAUAUAUAUAUAUAUAUAUAUAUAUAUAUAUAUUUGAUCUCUUGUUAGAGUUUUGAAAGGUUUUACAUGAUGCUAAACAAACAAUGAGAAAGAAGCUUCUGGCACUCACUGUGUUCAAAUUUAAAGUAGUUUAUUGGAUCAUCAUGUGGACAGCAAUUUUUCGACCAAAAAUGAAGUAUUUGUCAAGCUAACACUAAAAACGUAAUUCUUACAAACAUGAUUGACAUACUGGAUAAGAGAGGAUAAGAGAGCCCUGCCCAAAUGAGCUUACAAUUUAGAAAGGAAUACAGUGCUCAGAAAACAUAACAUAUACUUGGGUAAUUCUGAAAUGUAUGCAAACCAAGAUGACAUUAAUUGUAUAAGCUUCUAGAGCUGGGCAGCGAUUUCACUUCCAUCCAUGUACUACCAUCAACCAGCAGAUAUACUUACAAUAACUAAUAUAUACAGGGUGACCAGAUCCACCAUGUUUACUGGGACACAUAUAACUUUUCAAAAAAAUUUAAAAUAGCAGCGUUCACUGUUGAAUGCCCUAUUCCCAUACUUAAAAUGACUACUCUCCCCAAAAUCCUAUGCUCAUUACAGACUCUACCUAUUAUCCUUACCAAAUCCUUUUUCGCUGCACUCCAAAAUGUAUUUAGUACAUUUAUCUGGACUCAAAAGCACCUCAGAAUUCCAUAUAGAGUCUAGUAACAAACUGCAGGGAGGUCUAAGCCUACCCAAGUUGGAACUUUAUUACAAAUCGGUUAUUCUCACAAGAAUUCAUGAGUGUGCAAAACCCCCCAACCCUGCACACUGGGUACAAUUGGAAAGCUCUGGUUUCCAGGUGCCAAUAUUUUCUAUUCCCUGGCAUAACAAGGGACAGGCUUUUUUACAUUCCCCUUAUUCAAACCAUCGUACAAUCAUACCAACCUUGAGGGUAUGGCAAAGUAUUAAGACCCUGCCCAGCAUAUCAGGUUAGCCUUCCCCUCUAUACCGACAAAACACAUAAUCUGUAAUUCCACCCAGGCCUUACACCUGCCUCCUUUAAAUUAUACCAUUACUCUAAUUACUUCACCCUAGGUACAGUAGUUUCAGACCAGGGGCUCAAACCUCUUAAGGAGAUUAUAUCCUCGCCUCAACCUACAGCCGUCCAGGGCUUCUCUAACUUUUUUCAGGGUCAGCUUUCUUGGUGGUUGUAACGGCACCCCCAGACAUAAAAGGAUUAAACCGCUGUUUAGAACAUCUUCCCCUUCCAGAGAUACAGGCACAGCUACUAGAGAACACCAAACUCCCAAACCGCAUAUAAGGGAAUGCUCUAAAUUCCCGAACUGCAUACAAUAUAGCACUCCAAACUCACAAACUGGAACCUCACGAAUAGCUGUUAGCAGACGAAUAGGAAAAGCACCCAAGCGGCUUACACUUCUAGCAAUCAGUCUCUAUCAGCAUACAGUAAAUCCCCCCGAAGACGAGACAAGGCUCCGUGUUGAGGGUCAAGCAGUGGUCUGUUUAAUGAGGGCUACCUGCCCAGUAUUUAUGCAGGUCUCCCACCUGGUGGACACUCCCCUAGGGGACAAGAUGGAAGACUGUGACAAGGACAUUGUAGCAACCAAUCACAGGGUACACACUUAGCCAUUCCCCUUUCUUACCCAGCACCCUCUGCUCUGCUCAGGGAGAUAAUUGUGAAGUAAUUCAAUUAUCUCCCAGGACAGAGCCUAAACGCCAUUUUAGAUGACAAUAACAAAAUAUAUUUUACUCCAUUUUACAGGCAUUCAACAUGUCCCCAGAUAGCUAGGAUCUGAGCGCACCAAAGUACCGAAUAGCGCUCAGAUCCUAGGCACACAGUCCAAUCGCCGUGGAGCCAAAGUGUUCACAAAGUCAGUUUUCAUACGAAUGAGCUCCACGGGAUUCCUAUCUGGGGUAUGGUGUAGUCAGGUACAACUACCGAAUAUAGGGCUGUUCGUGCACUUCUACCAAACAAGAAGGGAGGUCAGCGGAUUCAGUGCCGUUCGCGCCAAAAUGUAUCCGUUUUCCAUUCCAUGAGUUGGGCGUCGAACACCGCUGUGCGUUCACGUGUUUAAAAUGGCCGCGACCUCGUGUUCGGUAUACGAAUGGCGGCCACCCAGCAUUCGUCAAUUAAGCUGUGGUUAACCGCAGCUUCUGGGAGGUUAAUUGCCGACCCACUCCAGCUCCCAGGUGGUCCAGUCAUUCGUGUGUUAGUUCGGUAGAUUGGAUCUACUGAACACUGGGCAGAAAAGGCACGAAUAAGCCUUUUCUGCAGGGGAAAAAAAGCUUUUAACAUGGGGCCAUAAUCCAAAGGCAACAGGCGAGCAACCGGGCUUCUCCAAUGCAAUGUGGCGAGAUUGGUCUCGUCACAGUGGUCUCCCCCAUCUUCAGCAGCUGUGGGUUGUCCUGGAAUUUUUUUAUCUUAUGUUACUUACGUUUCAUGCUUGUGACAGGUUAUAUGUUUGGACUAUCACUGCAUAUUUGAGGACUGCUGUCCUAAGAUUAUGCCAUGCACAUUUGUUUUUUAUGUCAAUAAAUGUGAAUGUUUUCAUGAUUUUUUCUGUCUGGAUACUGUGUGGUUUUUCCUCAAUGAAUCAGAACUGUUUUGGUAGCACAAAAGGGACCUACACGAUAUUAGACAGGUGUUUGUUUUAUUUCUAAUUUCUUUAUUUUUUUGCAGUGCAUUGUUUAACAAACUUAACUUGCAAAGACAUUCUAUUAGAGUGUAAAUAUCAUGGUAUAGAUAUACAUGUAACUUGAGAUGCAAAGGACUCUGCACUUUUUCUAAUUUAAAGUAAAUAUGUCAGCUAAAACACAAUUCAAUUUGCUAAAACAAAGUGAGUAUAAGAGAUGCUAUAGAGUAGAACCAUAGAUUACUGAAGGAGUGAAAUACCACUCGACAAUUACAGAGACGCAAAAAGUGAAGAAAACAACAUAUAAAAAAACACUGCAUCAACAUUCAGUAAAAGGCAUGAACAGUGCAAGAGGGGCAGGAGGGCCUUCAUCAUCAGCAAAGAGAUGCUGAGUAAAAGCAAAAGGGCUGCCUGCAUGGACCGCAUUCAGCCGAUGCCAAAGACAGGAAAACACAUGGAUGAUCUGAGGUCACAAAAGUUAGCAUCAUGGCAUCAAGGUGAAGAAAGGCCACCCUCUAGCCCCUGGUUGGUAUGGAGGCCUGCAUUUUGAAGCCACAGACUUGUGGGCUUUGAGUGUCCAAUGCCUUCCCAUUAUGGGAAUAGCAGAAGACUUGGUGGUUCGAUGCAGCCAAAGGUAGAAUGUCUUCUAUCCGCAUGGUCAAUGUUUUGGGGUAAAUCCCCUGAUGGCCCUCGACAAUGAGUGAAACCAGGUGGUUGAGGUAAAGUUGUGCCCAAAGCGGCCUCAAUCACAACCCGGUUAACAGCUUCCCAGCUUUCCUUGUUUGUUAUCCAGGAUGUUUCAGAAGCGUGAGAAUAUUUUCUCCAGUUUCCACAGGGACCAUUCCACUGGCUCUUGAUAGGCCUCUGUGGGUUGCUGAAGCAUAGGAUUCUGAGGGCAAGCCAUGUCCGCCAUCUUGUUGAGCUUAGAUGUGCGAGUAUAGACUGCAGUCAGCAUCAGGAUGCAACACAGGUAAGUAGAACAGGCCAGUGGGGACCGGGAUAACCCCAACCAGUUCAGGAGUGGGGGGUUUACAAGAUAUCCCUGUGUGGACUCAGUGUUGUGCAGGACGGGGGAUCAGCAGCAUAAUCCGUCCGACAGUCAUAGCAGUCCUCAUCGGGAGCACCAGAUUCAGCAAAGAAUAAACCAUGUAAAAGUGUCCCAGUAGACCCUGACAGACUUCGGAGACAGGUAAGUUUUGGGGUGAGAUGAUUUGGCAUGUGGGAGUAGGUUAUACAGCUUAGGAUUCAGAUUGCUCGGAGCUCACCAGAAGCACGUCCAGCCGCCAUGAGGCUCAGGCCGUGCAAGCAGGUGGUUUUAAUGUUGGAACCACUCAAAUAAACAAGAAAAUGUGCAAUGUGUCUGGCACUGCAAACAAUAUAUUAUAAAAACAAAGUGUAAAGUUAACCCGAAAUAUAUUGAAAACAAAAUAUGCUAGUAACAAACAAUCAAUAAAUCUCAUUAAUACAAAAUAAUAGCUUAAUGGUAUUAGGAGUUUACAUCUGUAAUUGAUCAUAAAUGUACAAUGGCCAAAAGUAUUGUAAGUACAAAUAAAUUUCCCAGUACAUUCUGGGCUUACCUUGGCCAACUGGGAAGAGAAAAGGGGAGGUAAGAGCUCUUGGAUGUAGAGGGAACUUUCAUUGUUGGUUCAGCAGUAAGAAAUAAACUUCCCUGAUUCAAUAUUAACUGGUGCCAAUAAGAUGCAGUUUGCGCUGAGAGAUACCAAAGUGAAAAUAAGGCUGGUAACUCGCGAUGAAAGUCUUUUCUCAAAAUGUAGCAGUACUUACCUUACCCAGGGGCCGGCCGAGGUCCUCACUUACCGCCGCGCGCGGCUCUCGAAUGAAGGCGGGUACGGACCGUGAGAUGCGGUCACGUGUCCCGCCUAGCUCUAAGAGCGUGCCACGCUCUUAAAGGGGCAGUGGGAGCCAAAAUAUGAAAUGUGCUCACAUUGGUCCCUGUCAUCCCACAUUCCCCAGACACUUACAUUUUGGGGGCGUGGAUAUGACAGGGGCCAAUCAAAGUAAAGUUUAGGGUAUUUAUACUUACCUCUCCCUUAACUCCCUGCCCUAUCGUGGUUUCUGUUUCAGUUCCCUUUAGCGCUUGUUGUGUUCAGUUGUGAUUUUCGUACUUGACCUUGGCUUUGUAUCUGACUGUUUAUCUCUCUAUCCCUGUUUUGUCUUGUUUGCCGGCUUACUGACUACUGUGUACCAGACCUUGGCUAGUUUUUGUUCUCGCUGUCUCUUUGUUCCUUUGACCUCGGCUUGUUCUUGACUCUGUCUAUUCUCUGCUAUACUGCGAGUCCGGCUAUUCUAAGGUCCGGUAAGUCGUAUCUGCUCUAUCUCUAUCUAUUUUACAGCAUCCUGUCCCUUCUUUGCCUUAUAUUCUUGAAGUUGAUGCUUCGGAUAUUGGGGUAGGUGCUGUCUUAUCUCAAAGAGAAUCACCUGAUAAGCCAUUACAUCCUUGUGGCUUCUUUUACAAACAGAUGUCCAAAACCAAAAAGAACUAUGACAUAGGCAAUCGAGAACUCCUUGCUAUUGUUUUAGCACUCAAGGAGUGGCGACAUCUUUUAGAAGGUACUAAGGACCCCAUCCUCAUUUUUACGGAUCACAAACACCUUUCCUACCUUAGUGAAGCCAAAAGAUUGUCUUCUAGGCAGGCCAGGUGGUCACUGUUCUCAUCUCAUUUCAAUUAUAUCAUCACCUACAGACCAGGUGAUCGUAACACUAAAGCUGACGCUCUGUCUAGACAAUUUGAAACUACCGACAAACAACUGUUUGAUAAUACCCCUGUCAUUCCCCCGGACAGAAUAAUAGCUACUACGGUUCUAUCUAUUUCUUCUUCACUCUUACAAGUUAUACAGGCUAAACAAAACAUGGCAGCCAGUGAGAAACCUACUGAUAAACUGUUUGUUGAUGUUCCCGAAAGACGGGACAUUAUGUCGUUAUAUCAUGACGCCAAAACUGCUGGACAUCCUGGUGUUUCUAAAACCUUAACAGCAGUUUCUAGAUAUUUUUGGUGGGCUUCCUUACGCAAGGAUAUCACCGAUUACGUUCGGGCAUGUACUACUUGUGCCAGUAUGAAGUCUUCUCAUAGAGUUCCUUGUGGGUUGUUGCACCCGUUGCCCAUACCCGAGAGGCCUUGGUCCAACCUAUCCAUGGAUUUCAUUGUUGAAUUGCCUCCUUCGAAUGGCAAAACAGUCAUCCUGAUGAUAGUGGUUUGAUUUUCUAAGAUGGCCAUUUUGUGUCUCUUGUCAAAUUGCCCUCAUCCAGGGAACUUGCUUCUAUCUUCACCAGGGAGGUGUUUCGGUUACAUGGCAUUCCUAUAUCAAUUGUAUCUGAUAGGGGUAGCCAAUUCAUUUCCAGAUUCUGGAGAGCUUUUUGUUCAGAGAUGGGUAUUUCUCUCUCAUUUUCCUCCGCUUACCACCCCCAGUCUAAUGGAGCUGCUGAACGUGCCAACCAGUCCCUAGAGCAGUAUCUUCGUUUUUUCGUAUCCCACCAUCAGAACAAUUGGGCUGACCUGCUUCAUGGGCUGAAUUUGCUUGUAAUAACGCUGCUCAUGAAUCUUCCGGUAAAAGCCCUUUCUACGUUGUUUAUGGCCGACAUCCUGUUGUUCUUCCAGCUGCAUUCUCCUUACAGGGCAUGCCAGCUCUGGAUGAACAUUUGGCUGGUUUACGUACUACUUGGGAGCAGGUUCAGAGUUCUUUGGUGGAUUCCGCUGCUCGCCAAAAGGUUCAAGCUGACAAACAUAGGGCAGCUCCGUCCUAUGUCGUGGGGGACAGGGUUUGGCUUUCCACUCGCAAUAUCCGCCUUCGUGUGCCUUCUAUGAAGUUGCCCCCCCCCGUUUUAUAGGUCCUUUCCGUAUUUUGCAUAGAGUUAAUCCUGUUUCAUAUGCCUUGGAUCUUCCUAAGAACCUGCGUAUUCCUAACGUCUUUCACACCUCCUUGUUGAAGCCUCUCCUGUGUAACCGCUAUACCCAGCAUGUUCCUCCUGUUUCUGUGGAGGGUCAUGAGGAAUUCGAAGAAGCUGCUGUACUUGACUCUCGUUUUCUCAGGGGUCGACUCCAGUACCUGGUGCAUUGGAAGGGUUAUGGGCCUGAGGAACGCAGUUGGCUUUCCGCUGGCGCUGUUCAUGCUCCUCGCCUUGUGUGUUCCUUCCAUUCUCGUUUUCCUGCCAGGCCUGGUCCUCCCCGCCCAGUGGGCAUGUCUUCAGGGGGGUACUGUAGCGGUACUUACCUUACCCGGGGGCCGGCCGAGGUCCUCACUUACCGCCGCGCGAGGCUCUUGAAUGAAGGUGGGCACGGACCGCGAGAUGCGGUCACGUGUCCCGCCUAGCUCUAAGAGCGUGCCGCGCGUCUCAGGCACGCUCUUAAAGGGGCAGUGGGAGCCAAAAGAUGAAAAGUGCUCACAUUGGUCCCUGUCAUCCCACAUUCCCCAGACACUCACAUUUUGGGGGCGUGGAUAUGACAGGGGCCAAACAAAGUAAAGUUUAGGGUAUUUAUACUUACCUAUCCCUUAACUCCCUGCCCUGUCGUGGUUUCUGUUUCAGUUCCCUUUAGCGCUUGUUGUGUUCAGUUGUGAUUUUCGUACUUGACCUUGGCUUUGUAUCUGACUCUGUUUAUCUCUCUAUCCCUGUUUUGUCUUCUUUGCCUGCUUACUGACUACUGUGUACCAGACCUUGGCUAGUUUUUGUUCUCGCUGUCUCUUUGUUCCAUUGACCUCGGCUUGUUCUUGACUCUGUCUAUUCUCUGCUAUACGGCGAGUCCGGCCAUUCUAAGGUCCGGUAAGUCGUAUCUGCUCUAUCUGUCGAUUGUUGAACUAAAUCUUGCGUGUAGGGGUAAACUACCGUGACACAAAACUAGACAUAAUAUUUAGAUUAAAGGCAAAAUAAAGCCUAUGUCCACUGGGGUAGACCUAACCAUAUAGCACCAACUCUUAUACUGGAAAAUCUAGACAAUAUAAAUAAAAGACAUUGAAGUUAUUCAAUUCUUUAUUGGUGUAGUUAGUACUGCAUUGCAAGUUUGUUGCUAAAUUCAUCAGGGGAGAGAGCUAAACCCCCUGGACUGCCAUGAUAUUAAUAGUAUGUCAAGUAAAAUAUUAUUUAGGGAACCACACUAUAACCACUAUUUUCAUGGUGCAAUUUCAAGGACUUUUUUGGUCUUCCUUAUUUUUUACUCUUUAUUCAUUUUUAAAAAAUCUUAAUAAGAAGACAAACAACAAAGCAGAAAAUACAAAGGCUUUCCACAAUACAAUAAGACAAGGUUAGAUAACAACAAAGAGGGGUUUGGGGGAUCUCCGUCCGCAUAGCAAAGGAGUAAAAAAGUUGAAACUGAUUGUUUAGAUCCCAUUUAGCUACUCGGGGUCUGUCUUGUUCAUAUACCAACAAUUAUUUUGAGCCAGGAUUCACUACAAUAGUGUUUCCUUUGAUCCAAUCUCUGUGACUUAUAAAGUAAUACUUCCAUCUUUAAUUUAAAUAUAACUUGUGUUACCACUAAAGAAAUAGGUGCGGAGAUUUUCCAGUUGCGUGCUAUGAUUAGUUUAACUGCAACCCAUUACUAUUAUUAUUUUAUUAUUUAUAUAGCGCCAGCAAAAUUACGUAGUGCUGUACAAUGGGUUGAAUAACAGACACAUAAUUGUAACCAGACAAAAGUACGCACAGGAACAGAGGGGUUGAGGGCCCUGCUCAACGAGCUUACAUGCUAGAUGGAGUGGGGUAUAGUGACACAAAGGGUAUAAGUAGGGGUAAUGGAAUAGGUUGCUAGAAAAGACUUACACGAUUUAUGAGGGUAUCCUUACAGACACAGAAAGUGAAGCUUUUCACAGCGUAGAACCAUAAAACCUUGGCUAACAGUUAAAUCAACUGAAUAACCCUUUCAAUGCUGGCUAGAUCCUCCUAGGCAUAUAGUAUCCUAUUCUCCUAUGAUUUUCAAUUAAAAUAACAUUUGAACCAACUCAUUAAUCAUUUCCUGGAACCAUCCAAUAAGAAUAAUCUACCAGAUUCUUACAAAAGUCGAAUUUUAAUUCACCUAAAAAGAUAUCUUAUCUUAUAGUAGAAUAAAUCAAUACACCUGGAUAAAAACAACGGUAUGCUAACACGUGAUAAUAUCACAUUAAUAUAUAAUUAUUCUUAAUUCCACCUGCAGAAUGGAAUGUUUAUAACUAUAUAUUCUGACCGUGAUUUAUCCAGUCAUAUAUCAUGCUAUUAGUACAUUUUAAUUAAUUUAAAUUAAUUAAAUGCAACCAGCAUACUACCAGUUAUGUCGAUAUUCUCAUCAGAUGAGUAGGUAGUCCCAGAAACUUGAUUGGUUGUAUUUAGGUGCGUGGGUAAUAGUGAAAAGUAGUGUUGGUUAGAAAAUGUCAAAGAGUUUGUGAGUUGAGUGUUAGUCCCAGAGAUUGUCCUGGAUUUCUCUCCAUGUCCGAGUUGGAGUCCCCAAACUUCCAAUUCCUCUCUCUGUCUCCUCUCUAUGUCUCUCCCCAACUUUUCCCUUUGUCCUAACUUUUAAAGGGCCAGACUCUCUGUACGUCAUUAGUUGGUAAACCAAUAGGCAGCCGUAGGUGUGUCCAAUCUAGGGAUCACAAUUAAGGUAUUUGAUCCAUAGAUGGCAGUCUUGUCUAACGAAACCUUCCUAUCCAGGAAAGAGUUAACUUUUCCUGAUGACGAUUUUGACGUCAUUUGGCUUAUCUAAAAUGACUAUCAUAACUUAGAUUUGCUGUCAGUUCAAAGCGUUUAUGUCAGUCUUUGUGGCAACUACCUUGGUCAUAACUUGUAAAAUUGACAGUUCUAAACUCAAUUUCACCCUUUACUACAAUGGUACCUUAUAAAAUUUAGAAAGUAAAAUCAAUUACUUAGUCUUCUCUGUCACUAGUGUCUGUGUUUAGAUAUGCAUCUAUUCCAUUAACAUUUUAGACAGAGUGUUCCAUCCCCCUGCUUCAUUGCUUAUCUUGGUUUGUUUAUGUAAUACAUUCCUCAGCUCAAGCAAGUGGCUAGUUACUGAAAGUAAGAAGAAACCAAGGAAAUUAUGUGUUUUUGUUAUCCUGAAGAUAGCAAAAUGGAGUCCGCUUUGUUCUGAGUGGCUGUGGCAAUAUACACUUUUAAUUUAUUUUUAGCACAAAAUGACUUUUGAUAUAAAUAUUCUGACAAAGCAAGCACCAGAAUCUUAACUUAAGCCCUUUAUUUAACUAGAAGCCAAUGUAGGGAUUGACAGAGGGUGUGGGGCAUGAGGUGCGAGCGGGGGUUCCCAGAUUGCACCUGCUGCGUUCAUAAUAGAUUGCAGUGGUGCAAUCUGGGAACCCGUUAGAUCAAUGAGAAGGGGAUUGCAGUAGUCAAGACGAGAAAGAACAACAGCAUUGACCAGCACCUUAGCUGUGUCUGGUGUUAAAUAGGGGCAACCAUGAAAUUAACAACCCCUUAAGGACACAUGACAUGUGUGACAUGUCAUGAUUCUCUUUUAUUCCAGAAGUUUGGUCCGUAAGGGGUUAAUAUUGAAAUGUAAGAUAGCAUUAUCUAUUGCUUUAGUAAUAUGUUUAUUAACCAAAUUCUCUACUUUAAACAAACACAAAGUAAUAAAUCACAGUGUUAGGUACACCCUAAAUAGUUUUUUAAAUAUAAAUAUACUUAUAAACAAAUGUAUUGCAAAUUCUGGUAUAAUUUAGAUGUAGAGCCUAUAGAAACAAAAAUAUGCUACACACAGUGUGUAUUGUAUGGCAAACAGAGUAUGGUAAUGGUAAAUUAUUACACUCACAUAUUACAGAGCCGCGCCAGACUCUGUAUAAAACGCCUAAUGGUGCCCUAUUGGGCAGAUGGAAACCGCCUGUGGACAGCUUAGAAUGAGGGAUCUGCAAUGAAGUGGAUGUCAGCAGCACCAGAAUCAAAUAAAAUAUAUCUAAUAACAAAAUGGAACAAAAUAAAAACAAAUGGAUUUAUUGCAAUCCUUGUGGGAAACAAAAUAGUUAUUUGUAAAAGCAGAGAGCAUGCAGAUUCAAACAUUACAAGUAGGUAUAUACAUAUACAUCUGUGCAUAUAUGCAGUUGUCAAAUAUUCAUUUUUUUAGAUGUUUCUAGGCCUGCAAUGUCAAGUUCAUAAAUUCAUUUUACUUAUUUACAUGCCUUUUUUUGGUUGGGCAGCAUGGGGCGCCUUAAAAUGUUAUGCCUACACGCGUCUGACAUGUAAAUCAGGCCCUGCUUACAAGUCAGAUACAUAUGCAUAAGUAUUUUUUUUAUUAAAUAGUUACUGUUUAUAGUUACAGUGAGAUGUGUUUGCCUACACAGGAUUUAGAUAUUCAAAAUAAUUAAAAAAUAAAUAACCAGUAAUGAUUAAAACAAAUAUAUAAUUAAAUAAAUAGUAAUUAAUAUGAAUUAGUGUAAUAUUGUUACUAUAUUACAAUCCUAUUGCUGGUAUAUUAGAACCACUCACAUGUAACAAGUCUAGAACAAUGUUCUGUGGUUUUCAAAGAAUAUAAAUAUAGCUUUUCCACACAAAUGUAAUGGUCAUAUAAGAAAAAAUACUUUUAAAAUGCUUUUUUUCUCCCUUUAUGCUAUUUUAUGUUAGUGUAACCCCUUGAACCAAUGAACAAGCGGUUUGCAGAAAAAAUACCUCCAGAAUAUUUUCGGUGUCCUGGAAAGUAAUGUUUAAGUGUAUUUUUCUUUUUAAAUGCCUAGAUAGUGCUUUAUUUAAUGGAAACAAAAACAAAACAUUUUUUUCUGGUCAGAAAACAUAAUUUUUAUUUAUUUUUUUUUUUUACCAACUAAUGAGGUUUAUAGACAGGAAUAUAACAACAUAGUUGUAAAUAAAUAACAUGUCUUCAUUUGUAACAUUGUCUUUUUCUCUUACAUAGGCUUAAUCCUCUCACCUAUACACUGUUAAAUAUACACUCAGUUCUCAGUAGUGUGUACAUAUAUAUAUAUAUAUAUAUGUGUGUGUGUGUGUGUUAAAAGGCCAUUAGGCCUGAAUUUGUGGGAGGAGUUAUGGCCCCUAUUUAAACUCCUAGCCCCUACUCACCUCUGCCGUUCAAGCUGUUUGAUUUCUCCUUAGCAGCCAGCACUUCCGGUCCGAAGUUCCAGCCAAAAAAAUUUCCUAUGCCUCCGACCUCCGUGCCUUCUACCCGGCUUCGCACCGGCCUCGGUACCUGCCUUCCGGCUUCCAGGUCAAUAGAGACCGGCACGUCCACGUAAGCAUAAUGUGGGAAUUAGCGUUUGGCUAUUUCUAACGUUCGGGCUUAAAAACGCGGGGAUAGGCUCCCUCACUAAUACUUACCUGUUCGUGCAUAAUUACCCGUUCAUGUACUUCUGCGGUUCAUGCGGCUAAACAGCCGACCGCAGGGUACACUCACUUUCGUUUAUUCUUUCGUGCAGUCUAAACAGUCAACCACAGGGUACAUUCAUUUUCGUUUGUUCUUUCGUGCGGUCUAACAGCCGACCGCAGGCAUCACGUUUGCAUCACGUUUGCCGUUUGUUCGUUUUUAGCCGAACACAGUCUGUUUUACUGCUUAAAGGACCACUCUAGGCACCCAGACCACUUCAGCUUAAUGAAGUGGUCUGGGUGCCAGGUCCCUCUUGGAUUAACCCUUUUUUUUAUAAACAUAGCAGUUUCAGAGAAACUGCUAUGUUUAUAAAUGGGUUAAUCCAGCCUCUAAAGCCUCUAGUGGCUGUCUCAUUGACAGCCGCCAGAGGCGUUUGCGUGCUUCUCACUGUGAAAAUCACAGUGAGAAGACGCCAGCAUCCAUAGGAAAGCAUUGUAAAUGCUUUCCUAUGAGACCGGCUGAAUGCUCGCGCAGCCCCUGCCGUGCAUGCGCAUUCAGCUGAAGAGGAGGAUCGGAGGCGGAGAGGAGGAGGAGAGCUCCCCGCCCGGUGCUGGAAUAAAGGUACGUUUAACCCCUUUCCUCGCCAUCCAGCCUGGCACUAUAGUGGUCCUUUAAAUUCCCUUAUCUGGCACUAUGUUAAGUUAUUAUACCGUUCGUUCAUACGAACGAACAGAUCACUUUCAUCUUACAGCCUUUUCACUCAACUUUCUGUCUGGUGUAUAGCAUGUUAAUUUUAAACAGUAUAAAGUCUAAUCUGUACAAAAUAGCAUGCCAUAUAUAUACAAAACGUCUCUCAUAUAGAGUGACGUUUUAAAAAUAAAGAUAAACCAUAAAAAAGUGCAGUUAGUGUCUUAUUGAUGUUCAAUUGUAAAAACAUUAAAUAUAUACAUCCUAUAUGAAAACUACAAUUCAAAAGGGAUUUUGUCUCCUCCAGAUGAUUUAAAGUUAAAGUAUUUAUAAUUGGAGCGAGAUAUUAAUCUUCAUUUUGAAGUGUAAAAGUUUAACCCUUUAAGUGAUCAGUGUAUGUGUGUGGUCACACACAUUACCUUGUGGUAAUGUGUGUGACCGCGUUAGACUUUUUUAAAAGUUAGUUGAGAGAGAGGUUAAUUAGGGAAAAAUAAGCGGUGGGUUGGGGCAAUAAAUAAAAAUUGGGGGGGGACAUAAUGUCCCCCUCGGCCCCCAUCUCUGCGUGGCCGGUGGGGGCCCUAAAUAACAAAAAGGGGGAUCCACUGUCCUCCCCCCUGAGCGGCGGGUAGGGGCCCUAAAUAAAAAUUUAAACCCCCCAGGUGACUAGGGGUCCCCAAACCCCUAGUCACCCCCGUCCCCCCAAAAAAUAACCCCUACCUACCCCCUCAUCCUAAAAAUAAUGAGGGGGGACCCUUAUCUAAAUACCUGUAAAAAAAAAAUAGACUUACCAUUUGAUGUCUUCUUUCUUCUAAACUCUUCUUUUUUCAGCCCCAAAAAAGGCCAAAUAAAAAUCCAUAAUAACCGGCAAAAAAAAAACGGGCGCCAAACAAAAUAAAUCCAUUUUCACCCAUAGAGGGCUCCACACAGACUGAGCCCUGCAAUUAGGCUCAGAGAACUCUGAUUGGUGGGUUUAAGUCAUCCAAUCAGAGUGUUCUGACAGGUAAAUGAAGAGACUGACAGGUAAGGAUUUAAAUAUUCAUUUCUCCUUUGGUUAGUGAAUUUAGUUCUUUGGGGCUUAGGUGAUGCUGGUUUGGUGGUGGGACUGGGUACAUUGUAGUAGUUAGACGGUUGUGUGUAUGUAGAGGGUAUUCUACGUGAGGUGGUUUGAUAUUUUGGUUGGGGUUGAUAUUGAUAGUGAGAGUGAUUGACAGGUCUGUAUUGUCUAAGUGAGGGAGUGUGGUGUUGGUAUGUAUAAGGUCUGCUUUGAUGUAUUCUUUGUGGUGAGUGGUGUGAGGGUUUCCUUGUUUUAGUGGUAAAGUGGUUGCGAGAAAAUUGGGUUCCUUGUUUGGGUAGUUGUCUGUGAUGGUUAGAGUAUUCUUUAGAUGUAUAUUGUUUAUUUGGUGAUGGUGCUUCAGAGGUGUAUCUUUUGUUUAGAUGGUAUGUUCUAACUUGGUUGUUAGCAUAGUCUGACUUGUCUCGGAUAAUUUAAUUAACUUUAAUGUGUUUAGUGUCAGUUUCAAUUUUUUCAAUUUUGCUUUGAAUGAGAAUAGAAUUUUGUUUGUAUACUUUUGUUUCAAGGAAUGGUAACAAUUGCUCUUUAAGGUCAUUGAUUUGUGAGUCUAACAGUGAUAAUUUUUUACUUAUUUUCACUAUAAGUGUUUCCAUUAGACCAAAAGUGCACAUUUCAAGCUUAUUGUUCCAUUCCUCCAUGAACUCGAUGUCAUCCUGAUCUGAGGUUGGGGAUUUAAAUAAUCUCAAACCUCUAGGUGUGAUACGUUCAUCGAUAUAUUUUUUAAAAGUGGCAAUUUCCCAUUUUAAUUUAAUUUCUGUACUUAAAAUUCUUUCAAGUUUUGUGAAUAAUUCUUGUUGACUAAAACUAUUCUGUCUUAGAAAGACAGGACUAUUAGUUUCUGUAUUGAAUACACUAUUGAUAUCAAUUGUGUAGUUAUUUCUGAAUUCAAAUAUAGACAUAAUGAAAAGAAAAGCUGCUAACUCAAGAGGGAAGUCAAGUAUAACAAAACAGAGAGUUGAGUCAGCGCUAAUCGGAGAGGCAGCAGACCCAAGCAAGAACUCCCUCAAAUGUCCUUAGGAAUAGAUAAACAAAAACAAAUAAAUAGGGGAUGGGUCUGCGCCAAUGAACAAAAUAAAUAACAAUAACAAGUCCAAUUGAAUCUAUUAUGUGGUCUCCGAAGUUGUAGGGUUCUACUUGUUAUGAUAUCCAAAGGAUGUGGAGGAAGGUGGUGAGUGAUGAGAAAGAUGAUCCAAUAUAGUAAAAAUAGGAGAGGUCUUACUUACAGUUGACAGAGCUUAAUCCAGCUCUGGUGUGAAUGGCUUGCAGCGGUAUUAUCCCCGCUUACAGGAUAUACGGCGAGUAUCCUCUUCUAUGUGGUGACAGACGGCCAAGUGGGAGAUAAAAAUGGUGCAGUAUGUUCCACACAUGAAAUAAAAGAUGUAAAAUAUAAUAGAUACACUCACAUUCG